GCAAGCUCAUUUCUCUCAUGAUACUCAAUGUCCAUCUUGGGGACCAGGGACAUUACUGCUGUACUGUUAAAAAUAGAAAUGGCGAGAAUCGAACGUCUGCACAGCUCACAGUCGAAGCUAAAGAAGCGAACCCCAAAGAAACCCCCAUACCCUCCGAUUCUAUCAGUAAAUCUUCUAAAACUGAAAAUGAGUCAAGUAAAAAGGCCACUGACCAAGAAAAUCAGGAGUCCCUGCAGAAUGUUGGAGCCCUGACAACAAAGUGGCAGAUAAACCGACAUUACAAUCCUGAUGUUAUCCCUUUGUUGGAGCGUGACAUAUAUGAUGCAAUUCAGCCAGAGUUCCUUGUGAAACUGUCCCCAGAAUUCCUUGCCAAACAAAGGGAGAGUGUUUCUCUUUAUAAUGUAAUCAAAGGAAGCCCCUCUCCAUUCGUUGUAUGGCUACACAACCAGUUGAAUGUUGAAGAGCCAAGGUCAUACUCCUUGAAACAUGAUGGGCCCUUGUGCUACUUAAAUGUAAAGAAUAUCGGUUCUGAGCAAGGGGGCACACAUUCUUGCAAAGUUAUCAAUGCUGCAGGAGACAAAACAUGCAGCACUCAUCUCAGAGUGAAGACAGUGUCUAAAGUGGAUGAGGAGGCCAGUUAUAAAGAAGAAGCAAAAGUGCCUCCAGUUUUCAAGAAGAAGUUUUAUGACAUGGAGAGCAACGUCGGCAGCCCAGUGAAGUUUGAAUGCGAGAUUGAAGAGACACCUAAUGUGACCUUCAAGUGGUUCAAGUCUGGCUCAGAAAUUAGACAGAGUGACAAGUUCAGGAUCAUCAGCAGGCAAAGCACAUCAUCUCUGGAGCUCCUCAACCCAACAAAGGCCGACAUUGGUGAAUACAGCUGUUGUGCCUCAAACAAGCACGGUAGUGACACCUGCUCUGCUAACCUGAACAUCACUGCAUCAGCACCUGCCCACUUUGUGAAGACACUGAGCAACAUUUCCAUCCCAAUGAGCCAAAAGUUGAGACUUGAGUGCACAUUCAAUGGAGCCCAGAAAUUGUUUGUGACCUGGUUCAAAGAUGGCAGACAACUCUAUGCAUCGUACAGAUACAAUACAAAAGUCACAGAUAACUCCUGCAUUUUGGAAUGUCUUCAUGAAUGUGACAAGAACACCACAGGAAAAUACUCUUGUGAAGUCUCCAAUGCCUUUGGAAGAGAUAUUUGCCAUGCUAAUGUGACUGCAGUGGCGGAACCUGCCCGUUUUGUGAAGAAGUUGACAGAUCAAUCCAUUCCAACGAGUAAAAAGCUAAGACUUGAAUGCACAUUCACCGGAGCUCCAAAAAUGUUUGUCACUUGGUACAAGGAUGGCAAACAGCUGUAUGCUUCAUAUCGAUACAACACCAAAGUUACAUCAGACUCCUGUAUCCUGGAGUGUCUGCAUGAGUGCAAUAAUGAGACUACAGGAAAAUACUCAUGUGAAGUUUCAAACGUUUAUGGAACGGAUAUAUGUCAUGCUGAAGUAGUGGCAGUUGCAGAGCCUGCCCGCUUUGUGAAGAGGUUGACAGACAUGGCUAUCCCACUCAGUCAGACACUGAGACUUCAGUGUACAUUCACUGGAGCACCGAAGAUGUUUGUCACAUGGUACAAAGAUGGAAAACAACUGUAUGCCUCAUACAGAUACAACACAAGGAUCAUUGAGAACACGUGCGUCUUGGAAUGCCUCCAUGAAUGUAACAAUGACACUCCUGGAAAAUACUCUUGUGAAGUUUCAAAUUCCUUUGGCACUGAUAUCUGUCAUGCCAAUAUAACUACAGUUACAGAACCUGCCCGAUUUGAACAGAAGCUUAAGGACAAAAAAGUUGCCAUGAGCAAAAAACUGAAGCUUGAGUGCACAUUUACCGGAGCUCCUAAAAUCUUUGUCACUUGGUACAAGGAUGGCAAACAAAUAUAUGCCUCUUACAGAUAUAAUACUCAAGUUGUUGGAAACACCUGCACUCUAGAAUGUUUACAUGAAUGCACCAAAGACACUCCUGGAAAAUACUCCUGUGAGGUGUCCAAUUUCUAUGGAAGUGAUAUCUGUCAUGCGGAAGUGGCCACAGUAUCUGGACCUGCUCGUUUUGUGAAGAAGCUCACAAACCAGAAUCUUCAAUGGGGGCAAAAGUUGAGGCUCGAAUGUUCCUUCACAGGAAUUGAAAAAAUGUUUGUCACAUGGUACAAGGAUGGCAAACAGGUCUAUGCGUCAUACAGAUGCAACACAAAAGUAAUUGGAAACACUUGCGCUUUGGAAUAUCUUCACGAGUGUGAUGUCAAUACUCCUGGAAAAUAUUCUUGUGAGGUUACAAAUGAAGAUGGUUCAGAUAUUUGUCAUUCGCUGGUCAUCCUUGCGACAGAGCGCAAAAUUCCACCAACUUUCACUAAGAAGCCCUCAGAGCACAUUGAGGAUGCUGAGGGCAAAUUGGUGAAGCUUGAGGGUCGAGUAUCUGGGUCACAACCUCUAUCUGUAAGCUGGUACAAAGAUAACAGUGAACUCAACACUUCUGACAUCUAUGACAUUUCCUUCAAGAGCAACACUGCUUUGAUAUGUCUCAAGAAGGCCAGUGUCAAAGAGAGUGGAGUUUAUACAUGCAGAGCUUCUAAUGAAGCUGGCACUGCCUCCUUCCAGGUGGUGGUUAACAUCACAGAGCAAAAAAGGCCACCGACUUUUGACAUUCCCCUAAAACCAGUAACAGUUAGUGAGGGCGAAAGGCUAAACCUUAGCUGCCAUGUCUGCGGGUCUCCCCCAAUGAAGAUUCAGUGGAUGAAGGACAGAAGGGAGGUCACACCCUCUGCUACCACCAGGAUGGUAUUUGUGGAUGGCACAGCCACCCUGGAGAUAAACCAGACAUCCAAAUCUGAUGCAGGAGAUUAUCUGUGCAAGGCAACCAACAAUGCUGGUAGUGAAUUCUCCAAGGCCAAAGUCACAUUCAAAGAUAAAACAGGUGCAGCACUUGCAACAGCACCGGCAGCCCCCACAGCACCUCAGACAGUUAAAAAACUGGAUAACUUGUUCUUCAUUGAGGAGCCCAAGAGCAUUCAUGUUGUUGAGAAGGGUACAGCUUCCUUCAUUGCUAAAGUUGGUGGUGAUCCCAUUCCCAAUGUGAAGUGGAUGAAGGGCAAAUGGAGGCAGAUGACUCAUGGUGGUCGCAUCAACAUUCAUCAAAAAGGCCAAGAGUCUAAACUGGAGAUUAAAGAGGUGACCAAAUCUGACUCUGGUCAGUACAGAUGUGUUGCCUCAAACAAACAUGGAGAAAUUGAGUGCAGCACAGACUUGAAUGUUGAUGAGAAAAAAGAUUCUGGGCCAGAGAUGGUCAAACUGAAGAAGACUCCAUCAAAGCAGAAAAGUCCAAAGGAAGAUAAAGACAUUGACAUUGUUGAGUUGCUAAGAAAUGUAGAUCCAAAAGAGUAUGAGAAAUACGCUCGUAUGUAUGGAAUCACAGACUUCCGGGGUCUUCUUCAAGCUAUUGAGUUUCUGAAGAAGGAGAAGGGUGAAGAAAGUGGAAGACCGGAAAGUGAACAUGGAAGAGAAAGUGAUGAGGAUUUGACUAAGCUUGUGGCUGAUUUGCAGAGGAGAAUGGAACACAGUGAACCUGUUACCCUGCUUAAAGACAUCACAGAUCAGUCAACACAAGUUAACAAAGAGGCUGUGUUUGAGUGUGAAAUCAAAAUCAACUAUCCAGAAAUUACACUGUCUUGGUAUAAAGAUGCACAAAAGCUAGAAACUAGUGAUAAAUACGACAUUAAACUCAUGGGUGACCGCCAAAUAUUGAAGAUCAAGAACUGUCAGACCAGCGACCAGGGAAAUUACCGGGUCGUUUGUGGGCCACAUAUAUCCAGUGCCAGACUGACAGUGUUGGAGAGUAAAGGUCAUGUGCAGGAACCAUCCCCUGCUGAUCAAAUUCAGUUCACCAAGCGCAUUCAAAAUAUUGUGGUGAAUGAGCAUCAGUCUGCCACUUUUGAGUGCGAGUUGUCUUUUGACAACGCGGUCGUCACCUGGUUUAAAGAUGCAUGGGAGCUUAAAGAGAGCCUGAAAUAUACCUUCAGGUGUGAGGGACGAAGGCACUUUAUGAUCAUCCGCAAUGUAACCUCUGACGAUGAAGGCGUGUACUCUGUGAUUGCUCGCCUGGAGCCCGUUGGUGAAACUAAAAGUACAGCUGAGCUUUAUUUGUCAGGAAAAGAAUUUGAAAUAAGAACACGUUCUUUUGAUUUUCCUGAUACAUCGAUAUAUGUACCAGAUGUGUCAUCUGUGAUUAGUUUUAAAGAUGAAUCCUCAGAAUUUCAUUAUGAAGAAAAAUUUGAAAUAACAGAGUGUCAGAAAUCGACAGUUCAAGAGGAGAGUGUAACUCAUGAAUUCUCUUCACUGCAAGAAUUGAAGAAACCUGUUGAGGAGUCUGUAACAAAACGUCUAGUGGAAAGGACAGAGGAGGCGCCUAAGAAAGUUAUGAAGCAACCAGAAGAGAAACCUGGAACAACUUUUGUACAGCCUUCAGUUCCUGAGAAAGAAUCUGAAGACAAGAAGCCUGUUGAGGAAAAAGUCCCAUCUGUCAAGGUGACAGGGCAAAAAGAACAACCCACACGCAAAGAGCCUAAACCUCAGGUGCCAGCAGAACCAAAAGCUCCAGUGGCUGAACCAAAGCCUGAACCUAAGUCUGAGCCAAAAGCUCCAGUGGCUGAACCAAAGCCUGAACCUAAGUCUGAGCCAAAACCUGAGCCAAAAGCUACACCAAAACCUGAGCCCAAGCCUGAGCCAAAAGCUACACCGAAACCUGAGCCCAAGCCUGAGCCAAAAGCUACACCAAAACCUGAGGCUGAACCUAAGCCUGCAGUUGCAAAGAAAGUUGAGACACCUUCUGUCAAAGCACCCGAAGCUCCAAAGCCAGAAGCUGCACCUCAACCACCCUUAGCUAUUAAAAAAGAUGAGGCUUUACCUCUAAAGCCAGACACUACUCAAAUAAAAGCUCUUGUGGAGAUGAAGGAAAUAGAAGCACCAAAAGUAAAGCUAGAUAGAAAACCAGAGCCUGCACUUGUUGCUGCUGAGCCACCAAAGAAAGAAGCCUCUACACUACUACAAGAUGAAUCUAUCAAAGAUCAUUUGCCUGUCCUCUCCGAGCCAUCAAGUGUAGAGCCAGCUAGGCAGUUUAAACCUACACAAAGCCAGCCUCCUGAGCCAGUUAGAAAACAAGAAGUCACAUCAGCUCCACCAGAGGUUAUAGUUGAACCAAGAAAGCCACCUUCCCGAGAAGUUUCCCAAGCAGAAUCAGUCAGAAACGUUGAACCUUCCCCUAAGCCUUCAGAGUUACUGCAAGCAGAUCAAGCUAAAAAGCAAGUGCCACCAAAGAGUGAACCAACCCCUAAAAUCAGUGAGCCAGCACUUGCCCACAAAAAGGAGGGUCAUCCAGAGAAAGCGGUUGAAGUAAAGGCUGCUGAACUACCAUCUGAGAAAAAGCCUGUGACUAAAUCUAAAAUGGAGACUGAGAUGCCCCUAGCCAAAGUCUUUGCAGCAUCUGAAGAGAAAAUUGACCAAAUUCCCUACACAGUGGAAGCAACUCAGAAGAUUUACAUGGAGGAAAUGUUUUUGAAGGAGGAAAUUACGGAAGAGAGUGAAAGCAUGCCUCAUCAACCUGAGGAAAUUUUGUCUCUUCAAGAACAUAUUGUAAGGAUGGAUAUGAGUCAUCACAGUAGAGAAUUGGCUCCUGAAGAUUUGAAAAUAGUUGAAACAGAGGUUUCCCUGAUACAAAUAAAGGAGAUACCCGAAACAACCUCAUCAAAGCAAGAAACUCCGCCAGAAGCUGUGGUUAUAUUUAGCAUUGAGUCGUCACUGAGAAGUCAAGAUAUAAUGCCAGAUGAAAAGAAAAAAACGGAAGAUAUGCCUCGACAAAAGAGAGAAGACACCCCCAGAAAAGAGAUGGCCAUUCAGAGAAAAAUAGAAGUUCACAAGAAAGAGUAUAUUCACUUACAACAGUCUGUUCAUGAAAACAGCAGAUCACAGGAGGAAACCCCUCAGAUAUCACCAGAGAUAACACCAUUAGUAAAACCAAAAGAAAAUGGAACUAAGUUGAAGGAAGUGCGUAAAGUACUUGAAAGAGAACCGGAAUUAGUAAAGAAACCUGAACCGGAAGUCCCAAAGCCAACUGUGGCUCCAGUUGAACAGAAAAUAUGUCCUCCAUCAAAAGAGCCAAUUGUUGAAAAGAAACCAGUUCCUGAAGUACCAAAGCGAACUGUGGAUCCAGUAGAACAUAAAACAAUAUAUCCUCCAAAAGAGCCAACUAUUGAAAAGGAACCAUCUCCUGUGGCACCAAAGCCAACAGCAACUCCAAUUGAACAGAAAGUCUCUCCACCCACAGAUGCAGUCAAGGGCCCUGUUACAGCUCCUGGACCUGCUCCCAAAGAAACAACUAGCACUACACAAGCACUUCUUAAACGAAAGAGUAAAAUUCACGUCAAGGAAGAGGAAAAAUUGGAAAUUCCAACCAUAAAGAAAGUAACCAGAAGAUCAAAAGAACAUCAGGAAGAUCAGGAAGUUAUAUCACUUAAGGAAGUCAACAAGAUUCAGCAUGAAGAACUACCAAAAGAAGCAGGACAACUUCUCCAGAAAGUUGAGAAAGCUGAAAUAGUUGGAGAGGAGAUGGUGAAUUCAAAGGCUGUUAGUGAAGUCAAACUCACUAGCAGUCAUGAAGUCACAACAGAUACUUGGUCAUAUGAAACUGCCACAAAAACAGAGAAAAUAUCAAAGGGGGAGGGAAAGAAGAUAGAACAGUACAAGAAUGUGUGGGAGCAGAAAGUGAUUACUCCUGAAAUAGGAGGAAGAGGUGUAGAAAAUACGGGUGAACAAGAAACUAAAAUUCCAAUGGAAGGGGAACCCUUGAUACCACAGCCAAGUCUGAAAAGGGUAACCAAAUCAAUAUCUACUGAGAAAGAACAGGAAACUGUAAAAUUAAAACCUGUCGAGAAAUCAGAUAAAGCUGUUGUAGGUCCACAGAAAGACAGCAACAUAGAGAAGAGUGAAGAGAGUAUUGGUGUCCAGAAACAUGAAAGACUCAUAAAGGAUGAACCUGUUUCAAAGAAGAAGAUAGAAGUGACUCUUACAGAUCAAACAGCUAAAGAAUCCGUAAUGCCAAAACCUGUUGUGGCUAAAGAUGAAAUCUCCAAAGAACAUGAGAAAUUUCCAAAGAAAUCAAACAGAAUUCUACCACAGGACGAGGAGCCAGAAACUGUGACACUGAAACCUUUUUCCAAAGAAUCUCAUGCUGAUGUAACCCCUGAAAAGGUUACUCAAGAACGAAAAGAGAAAAAGCCUGUAGAUAUUAAGCAUCCAGAGAGGCCGGAAACACAUCAUAUCCUGAAGGAACCUCACAUCCCGGUAAAAGAACCCGGAAAAAGUGAAAAAACAUAUGAAGAGCCAGAAAAGAUAAAAAAGCUAAAGUCACCUCAUGAGCAUCUCCCCAUGAUGAGUACUACUACUCCAGAAAAGACAACACUGGAAGGUCCCAAGGAAGAGAAGGCAAUAACUAAAAAGCGUGGAAUUAUUCCAAAGGAUGAAGCAAAAAAAGAAGAGAUAUCAUUGAAACCCGUAAAAGGAAAAAUAAUUGCAGAGAAAAUGACUUCACCAAAGGUAGAUAAACCUAGUCCUCAAGUCACUUCACUGACAAAAAAGAGUCCAAAAGAUGAUGAUAAUAAGCCAGCAAUGUCAAAAAAGAUUGUUGGUCCACCAAAGGAAAUGGAGGGAAAAAAGCCUGAAGAGCUGAAAAAGACACCUUCACCAAAAGCAGAGAUACCAAAAUCUAAACCCACUGAAUCCAUUCCAAUGGAAAGAAAGUCUAGUGCAAAAUCACCCAAGAAGAUUUCACCAAAAGAUUCACUUGAGUCUGUAAUUCUGAAGAAGGUCUCAAAGACAGUUUCCCCCAAAGAAGAAAAGACUACUCGGGAUCCUCCUUUGAAAACAAGUGAAGACAAAGUGCCAGUUGUGAAGGAGUUGUCUCCAAGCGUUCUGCAUCUACAAAAGAUUCCUACACAGCAAGAAGAGGUAGUUCAUGAGGUGGUGGAUGAUGAAGAAGAAGAAGAAGAAGAAGCCUGGGGAUGGGAACUUGCUCCUAGGGACAGUUAUGGAUCUGAAACCUUUGAUGACGUUUUGGAGGAUGGGGCCGUUGAAACCCCAGGAAUGGGUGACAAGAAAGAUGGAAAACCAAAGGAGGAGCCAGCUCUAGGCAGAGGCAGAGGACUAAGACCAAGACAAACUCCUUCUCCUGGUGAUGGUGGAAGGGGUAGAGGGAAACCUGGUGGUGGAGGUGACAAGCCUCCUGGAGAUUCACCAUUUGGUUUCCAGCUCAAAGCGGUCCCCUUGAAAUUUGUGAAGGAGCUCCAGGACAUUGUGUUGCAGGAGGCUGAGUCAAUCGGCUCCUCGGCUGUAUUUGAGUGCCAGAUCUCUCCAUCUACUGCUAUCACCACCUGGAUGAAAGAUGGAAGCAAUCUAAGGGAGAGUCCAAAACACAAAUUCACAUCUGAUGGCAAAGACCGCAAACUGCAAAUCAUUGAUGUACAGCUUUCAGACACUGGAGAGUACACAUGUGUUGCAAAGCUGGGCAACAAAGAGAAGACCUCAACAGCUAAACUUGUGGUAGAAGAAUUACCUGUGAAAUUCACAAAGAAUCUGGAAGAAGAGACCUCCGUGCUUAAGGGGCAGCCAAUGUAUUUGACCUGUGAGUUGAGCAAGGACAAAGAUGUGGUCUGGAAGAAGAAUGGAAAAGAGAUCAAGGAAAUUCCGGGCAAACUUCAAAUCAACGUUAUUGGACUACAGCGUGCCAUCACAAUUCAGGACGUGAACGAUGAUGAUGCUGGUGCUUACACAUGCGAGUGUGAAAACAUUCAAACUCAAACUAAUGUCAAGGUUAUUGAAAUUGUAAGAGACUGGUUAGUGAAACCUUUGCGGGACCAGCAUGUGAAACCCAAAGCCACUGCUACAUUUAAGGGCGAGCUCUUCAAAGACACACCUAACUGGAAGUGGUACAAGGGUAAUGAUGAAAUCCCAAAUGAGCCUACUGAUAAGAUUGAGGUGAAGAAGGAGGGUAAAGAGAUCACUCUUACGGUCAAAAAUGCCCAGCCUGAUGACGUUGCUGAAUAUGCUGUGGAGGUUGAAGGCCACAGAUACGUAGCAAAACUAACACUUGGAGAACGUGAAGCUGAGAUCUUGAAGCCUCUUGCUAGUGUGGAGGUGGUUGAGAAAACGGAGGCCAACUUUGACACUGAAAUUUCAGAAGAUGAUGUGCCUGGAGAAUGGAAACUUGGAGGCCAGGUUCUGACAAGAUCACCGACAUGUGACAUCAGAUCUGAGGGAACCAAACGAUUCCUUACUAUCAAAAAUGUUCAGCUUGAUCAGGCUGGUGAAGUUACAUACCAAGCUCUGAAUGCUGUGACAAGUGCUAUGCUCACAAUCAAAGAGGGUGAUGCAUAUUUCACUGUCAAGUUACAAGAUUUCACUGCAGUCGAGAAAGAUGAAGUCACAUUUGACUGCGAGCUCAGUAGAGAUGUUCCUGUGAAAUGGUUCCACAAUGAAAUUGAAAUUAAAGCCUCCAAGAUGGUUACCAUGAAAGUUGAAGGCAAACGAAGAAUCCUCAAUCUUAAGAAAGUUGAGAACAAAGAAAAAGGAUUAUAUGUUUGCGACUGUGGAACAGACAAGUCUUCAGCAAACUUGAACAUUGAAGCUCGUGACAUCAAAGUGGUGCGACCCAUAUAUGGCGUUGAGCUCUUUGAUGGUGAGACAGCUCGUUUUGAGGUGGAAAUCUCUGAAGAUGAUGUCCAUGGCCAAUGGAAACUGAAGGGCGAAGUAUUAUCUUCUUCACCUGAUGUUGAGAUUAUUGAGGAUGGUGCAAAACAUACAUUAACACUCUACAACUGCAAAGUUUCUCAGUCUGGAGAGGUUACCUUCCAGGGAGCGAAUGCAAAGUGUUCUGCAAAUCUUAAAGUGAAAGAUUUGCCCAUUUCCUUUGUCAUGCCUUUGAGCGAUGUACAAGUCUAUGAGAAAGAUGAUGCAAGAUUUGAAAUUGAAUUGUCAAGAGAGGCUAAGGUCAUCCGUUGGCUUAAGGGAUCUCAGGAGUUGAAGGCUGAUGAAAAGUUUGAAAUGCUCGCAGAGGGGAAAAGGCAUAUUCUAGUGGUCAAGUCUGUUGCGUACGAGGAUGAGGCUAAGUACAUGUUUGAGGCUGAGGACAAGAGAACAUCUGCCAAACUUGUUAUUCAGGGCAUCCGUCUUGAGUUUGUCAGACCCAUUAAAGAUGUCACCGUUAAGGAGCGUGAGACUGCAGAAUUCAGCAUUGAACUCUCUCAUGAGAAGGUUCAAGUCACCUGGUACAAGAAUGACGUGCGUUUGCAUCCAAGCAAAGUGGUGCACAUGUCCGAGGAUGGCAAGAUCCAUACUCUGUCCUUCAAAGAGGUGUCUAUUGAUGACACAUCUCUCAUUAAAGUUGAGGCUCUUGGGAAAAGCUCUGAAGCAAUGCUCACUGUACUUGAAGGAGAAGCCUACUUUACCACCAAGUUGCAGGACUACACUGCAGUUGAGAAGGAUGAGGUUGUCCUAAUGUGCGAAAUGAGCAAAUCAUCUGCUCAGGUGAAAUGGUUCAAAGACGGCAAUGAGAUCACUCCCUCUAAGAAUGUCCUCAUCAAGGCUGAUGGAAAGAAACGUAUCCUGAUAGUAAAGAAGGCAGAGAAGGCCAACAUUGGUGAUUACGCUUGUGACUGUGGCUCUGACAAAACAACAGCCAAGCUUAACAUUGAAGAACGUGAUAUUAAGAUUACCCGUCCACUGUACAGUGUGGAGGUCACAGAGACAGAGACUGCUCGCUUUGAGACAGAAAUCUCUGAGGAGGAUGUUCAUGGAAACUGGAAACUCAAAGGAGAUGCCCUGCACCAGUCUGCUGACUGUGAAAUUAAGGAGGAAGGCACCAAGCACAUGCUUAUCCUUUACAAUGUCCGCAUGGAUAUGGCUGGUGGUGUAGAUUUUAGUGCUGCUAAUGCUAAAUCAAGUGCUCAGCUAAGAGUUAAAGCACGCACAAUUGGCCUUCUGCGACCUCUUCGGGAUGUCACUGUCACUGCUGGAGAGACUGCCACCUUUGACUGUGAGCUCUCAUAUGAAGAUAUUCCUGUUGAAUGGUUUAUUGGAUCAACAAAGAUGGAGCCAAGUGAUAGGGUGGUCACGAGAGUAGAAGGAAGACUGCAUUCCCUGACUCUGAGAGAUGUCAAGAUGACAGAGGCUGGGGAAGUGAAACUGACUGCAAAGGACUUUGUUACCCAGGCCAAACUCACUGUGAACGAGCCACCAGUUGAGUUCACCAAGCCCUUGGAGGACCAGACUGUUGAGGAGGAAGCCACUGCCAUUCUGGAGUGUGAACUGUCCAGGGAGAAGGCUGAUGUGAAGUGGUUCAAAGACGGACAGGAAAUUCGUAAAACCAAGAAGUAUGAGAUGGUGGCUGAGGGACGCAUAAGGAGGCUGAUUAUCAAGGACUGUAGCCUUGAUGAAUCCAAGACAUAUACUUGUGAUGCAAAGGAGUUCAAGACGUCUGCUUUCUUAAAUGUUGAACCUCCAUUUGUUGAAUUCGCUAAGCCUCUUCACGAUGUUGAGGUUAAGGAGAAGGAAUCUGCUAAGUUUGAAUGCGAAGUGUCCCGUGAAAGUGCCAAGGUCCGCUGGUUCAAAGAUGGCGCUGAGAUCAGGAAAGGCAAAAAGUAUGAGAUUAUUGCCAAGGGAUUACAGCGUAUUCUCAUCAUCAGUAAGGCCAUGUUUGAUGAUGAGGCAGAAUAUGAAUGUGACGCAAGAACAUCCAAAUCCUCUGGAAUGCUAACAGUUGUCGAGGAGGAAGCUAGAUUUACAAAGAACCUAUCCAAUGUUGAGGGCACAGAAACCGACAGCAUUAAGAUGAUUUGUGAGGUCUCUAAACCCAGUUCAGAGGUUACAUGGUACAAGGGUGACCAGGAGAUCCCUGAGGGUGGUAGAUAUGAACAUGUUGCAGAUGGGAGAAAGAGAAUUCUCAUCAUACAGGACCUCCGUAUGGAUGAUGCUGGAGAGUACCACUGCAAACUGCCUGCUUCAGAAACAAAAGCAACUCUAAAGAUCAGUGAAUUGGCAGCUGAAUUCAUUGCUAGGCCCCAAAACCAAGAGGCCAUUGAAGGUGAAAAGGCUGAGUUUGUUUGCUCAGUGUCUAAGGAAAAUUAUGAAGUUAAAUGGUUCAAAGGAGACAAAGAACUUACAACUGAUGACAAGUAUGAAAUUGUCAUUGAUGGCAAGAGGAGGGCGCUCAUUGUCAAAAACUGUGAGCUAAAAGAUGACGGUGCAUUCACUGCCCACAUUGGCUCUGUAAAGGCUUCAGCAGACUUGUUGGUGAUUGAAAAACUGAGGAUAAUCACUCCCCUCAAGGAUGCCCAAGUAAAGGAAGGACAAGAGAUUGUUCUUAACUGUGAGGUGAACUCAGAGGGAGCUAAAGCCAAAUGGCUGAAGAACAGUGAGACAAUGUUUGAGAGUAGCAAGUUUGUUAUGGUUCAGAGAGACACUGUGUUCUCUCUGAGAAUCAAAGCUGCAGAAAAGACAGAUGAAGCCAGUUACACCAUUACACUGACAAACCAGCGCGGAGAACAGGCCAAGUGUUCUGCUAACAUCAACGUACUAGAGGAAGCCAUCAAGAUCAUUGAGCCACUAGAGGACUGUGAAAUAGAGGAAAAGAAGACCAUUACUUUCACUUGCAAAGUGAAUAGACCAAAUGUGACAGUCCAGUGGAUGAAGGCCGGUCAAGAGAUCACUUUCAGCAAGCGUAUUCUGUAUCGUGUUGACAAGGACAAGCACACUCUGACCAUUAAGGACUGCAGCCUUGCAGAUGAAGGUGAAUACACUGUAGUUGCUGGCUCUGAUAAGUCCACAGGAGAACUGGUCAUCAGUGAGGCGCCCACUGAUUUCGCUUCUCAGCUCAGAGACCAAACCAUCACAGAGUUUGAGGAUGCUGAGUUCACUUGCAAAUUGUCAAAGGAAAAAGCCCAUGUUAAAUGGUCCAGGAACGGACGUGAAAUCAGAGAAGGACCCAGAUAUCAUAUGGAGAAAGAUGGAAAAGAAUGCAAGCUUGUAGUCAAAGAGUGCAGACCAGAUGAUGAAUGUGAAUAUGCCUGUGGAGUGGAAGAUAAAAGAUCAAGGGCACGUCUCUUUGUUGAAGAGAUUCCAGUGGAAAUCGUCAGACCACCCACAGAUGUAUUUGAGCCCCCAGGAUCCGAUAUUGUGUUUGAGGCUGAACUAAAUAAAGACAGAGUUGAGGUCAGAUGGAUGAGGAACAACAUGGUCAUUGUCCAGGGUGACAAAUACCAGAUGAUUAGUGAGGGCAAAGUUCAUAGACUUCAGGUCUGUGAGAUCAGACCCCGUGAUCAGGGAGAAUACAGAAUAGUUGCCAAGGAGAAGGAUGCCAGAGCCAAGCUUGAGCUUGCAGCUAUUCCAAAGAUCAAGACCACGGAUCAGAACCUUGUAACAGAUGCUGGAAAGCCAUUUGUGAUGACGGUUCCCUACGAUGCUUAUCCUCGUGCUGAGGCAGAAUGGUUUUACAAUGACAUCAGCCUACCAGGGCAAAACAUUGACACAUCUAAUGAACGAACUGAGUAUAGGCUCAAGGACCCAAAGAAGUCAGACCAGGGUCGUUACAAGAUUGUCAUAAAGAAUAAACAUGGAACAGGAGAGGCGUUUAUUAAUCUGGAUGUAAUUGAUGUUCCGGGACCUGUGAAGAACCUGCAUGUUGUUGACACUGCUGAUGGUGAGGUCAGCCUUGCUUGGGAGGAACCGGAAAGUGAUGGCGGAAGCAAGAUCUUGGCUUAUGUGGUUGAGAGACGAGAUGUCAAACGCAAGACCUGGACAAUGGCCACGGACCGUGCUGACAUUCCAGAGUAUUGUGUUGGUGGAUUGCAGAGGGACAACAUGUAUUUCUUCCGUGUAUGUGCUCGCAAUAGAGUUGGGAAUGGAGAGACCGUUACCACAGACGAGGCAGUUCAAGCCAAAAACAAAUUUGAUGUGCCUGAUGCACCUCAAAAGGUUAUGGUUGGAGUUGUCAAUAGGUUAGGUGCCACUGUGUCUUGGGAACCACCACUCUUUGAUGGAGGAUCUGAGAUCACAUCUUAUAUCAUUGAACUCCGUGACAGAACCUCUCUAAAAUGGGAGCCUGCUAUGGUGGUCAAAGCUGAGGAUCGCACAGCCACACUCAGUGAUGUUGUUGAAAACAAGGAGUACAUCUUCAGGGUCAGAGCUGAGAACAAAGCUGGAAUUGGCCAGCCAAGCGCUGCCACAGAUCCGGUGAAGAUUAUGGAUCCCAUUGAGAGGCCAAGUCCACCUCUGAACUUCAACUACACAAAUCAGACCAAAGACUCAGUGCAGCUGUCAUGGGAAACGCCCAUCAGCAAUGGAGGCAGCAUGAUUACAGGCUACAUCAUUGAGAAGUGUGAAGAUGGCACUGACAAGUGGCUGAGAUGUAACGCUAGACUUUGCCCUGACCUUUACUACAGGGUUUCUGGUCUGAAGUUUGGUCAGAAAUAUCACUACAGAGUUUGUGCAGAAAAUGCUGCCGGGGUGUCUGAUCCAGCUGAUGCAAUUGGGCCACUUUUAGCCGAUGACCCUCAUGUGGGUCCCACCAUAGACCUCAGUGGUUUUAAAAAUGGUCUGGAGGUCAUUGUCCCCAAUGCUCUUACCAUCCGAGUUCCCAUUACGGGAUAUCCUAUGCCUAAACCCAAGUGGACAUUUGAUGACAAAGAGCUCACCACAGGUGACCGUGUUUCCAUGGUCACAAAGCCUACAUUCACCGAACUGGUUGUUGCGCCAAGUGUGCGUCCAGACAAGGGAACAUAUACCUUACAACUGGAGAAUGAUGUGACAACCAUAUCUGGAGAGAUCGAAGUCAAUGUUAUUGCAUGUCCAAGUGCACCCAAAGACUUCAAAGUUGCAGAGGUGACCAGACAUCAUGUGCAUCUAAUGUGGGAAGCACCAGAGUAUGAUGGAGGCAGCCCUGUAAGUGGGUACAAUAUUGAGAAAAGAGAGGUUUCCCGCAAGACCUGGGUCAAGGUGAUGUCAGGCGUACAGGACCUUGAGUACACUGUCACAGAUGUCAUUGAGGGCAAAGAGUACUUGUUCAGUGUUAUUGCUUGCAACAAAUGUGGACCAGGAGAGCCAGCAUACAUUGAUGAACCUGUGAAUGUGUCCUCCCCAGCCACUGUGCCUGAUCCUCCUGAAAACCUGAAAUGGAGGGACAAAUCAGCAAAGAGCAUCUUUCUGCUUUGGGAAACUCCCAGAUAUGAUGGUGGUGCUGCUGUUAAGGGCUACAUUGUUGAUAAAUGUCAGCGUGGCACUGACAAAUGGGAAGCCUGUGGAGAUCCCAUACCUGAGCUUAAGUUCCAGGUGACUGGUCUUAUUGAAGGUCAAUGGUAUGCCUAUCGCGUGAGAGCGGUGAACAGACUUGGAGCCAGCCGACCAUGCAAGGCUACAGACGAGAUCCUUGCUGUGGAUCCUAAAGAGCCACCAGAGAUCCAGCUGGAUGCGAAGCUUCUUGCAGGCUUGACUGCCAGGGCUGGAACUAAGAUUGACCUGCCUGCUGAUGUGCUUGGCAAGCCAGAGCCAAGAGUAAAAUGGACAAAGGCUGACCUUGUCCUGAAACCAGAGGAUAGGAUAAGCAUUGACACAAAACCUGGCCAUUCAACACUUUCCAUUGCAAACACAACCAGAUCUGACACAGCGACCUAUAUCAUUGAGGCUGUCAAUACAAGUGGCCGUGCCACUGCAACGGUUGAUGUCAACAUUCUUGACAAACCUGGUCCUCCGGCUGCUUUUGAUAUCUCUGAAAUCACCAAUGAAUCCUGCUGUCUGGCCUGGAAUGCCCCCAGAGAUGAUGGUGGCUCUCCAAUAACCAAUUACAUUGUUGAGAUGAGACCCACAGAUAAAGAAGAGUGGCAGAAACUGUCUGCUACAAUAAAACAAACUGCUUUCAAAGCUUGCAAACUGGUAUCUAUGAAGGAAUAUGUCUUCAGGGUGUCUGCUGAGAACCAAUAUGGCAUUGGGACUCCUGCAGAGCAUGUGCCUAUCGUUGCAAAGUAUUCAUUUGAUACUCCUGGGGAACCAACCAGGGUUCAGCCUUCUGAUAUCACAAAGGAUGCUGUAACUCUAACUUGGUAUGAGCCUGAUGAAGAUGGUGGAAGCCCCAUCACUGGUUACUGGGUUGAGAGGUUUGAUCCUGAGACUGACAAAUGGAUCAGGUGUAACAAGCUUCCAAUUAAGGACACAACAUACAGGGUGAAAGGUUUGCCAACAAAGAAGAAGUACAGGUUCCGUGUUUUGGCUGAGAAUCUUGCUGGACCAGGAAAGCCAAGUGCUGAGACUGACCCAGUUUUGAUUAAAGAUCCAAUUGAUCCUCCUUGGGCUCCUGGGAAACCAUUCAUCAAAGACAUUGCCAAGACUUCAGCACACCUGCAGUGGACCAGGCCUGAGCAUGAUGGCGGUGCUAAGAUUGAGUCCUACAUAAUUGAGCUUCAAAAGAGUGGAACUGAGGAAUGGGUUCGUGUAGCUGAGGAUGUACCAACAACCGAGCAUUUAUUGAAGGGUCUGAUGGAGAAGCAAGAGUAUUCAUUUAGAAUCAAGGCCAUCAAUAUUGCUGGAGAGAGUGAACCCAGUGAUCCAAGUGACCCUGUUGUAUGCAAAGAGAGACUUUAUCCUCCAAAUGCCCCACGUUGGCUUGAGGUGGUUAACAUUACUAAAAUCAACUGUGACCUGAAGUGGACUGAACCAGAUAGUGAUGGUGGCUCUCCGAUCACCAACUAUGUUGUUGAGAAGAGAGACGUCAGACGCAGGGCCUGGCAGGCCGUGGACACCACAGUAAAAGAUACCAAGUAUACUGUCACUCCACUUAAUGAAGGCUCUCUCUAUGUGUUCCGUGUUGCUGCUGAGAAUGCAGUUGGAGUAAGCGAGUUCAGUGAACUAGAGGACUCUGUUUUGGCCAAGGAUACUUUCACAACCCCUGGACCACCCUACGCGUUGACUGUUGUAGAGGUGUCCAAGAGACAUGUUGACCUGAAAUGGGAGCCACCCAACAGUGAUGGUGGAAGACCCAUCACCAAGUAUGUUAUUGAGAGGAAAGAGAAGUUAGGCACACGCUGGGUAAAGUCUGGAAAGACAUCUGACCCUGAAUGCAAGUACAGGGUGACUGAUGUUGAUGAGGGCAGUGAGGUGCAGUUCCAGGUCCGUGCUGAGAAUGAAGCUGGAGUUGGCCACCCGAGUGAACCUACUGUUUUCAUGGUCAUUGAGGAUCCCAUAAGUCCACCUUCUCCCCCAAUUGAAGUCCAGAUUGUUGAUGCCAGCAGAGAGCACAUCAACAUUACAUGGAAAGCUCCAGAAAAGAAUGGAGGAAGUCCAGUCACAGGCUACCAUGUUGAGCUGUCUGAAGCUGGAACUGAGAAGUGGAUGAGGAUUAAUGCCCGUCCUGUCAAAGAGCUUAGGUUUAAGGCUGAGGAAGGCAUCAUUCCUGAGAAAAAAUAUGUUUUGAGAGUUCGGGCUAUCAAUGCUAUUGGAGUCAGUGAUCCCUCUAAAAUUUCAGAUGGUGUCUUUGCCAAAGACCCUGACAGUGCACCAACCAUGGAUCUCGAGACUCAAGAUAUUGUAGUUGUUGAGGGUGAGAAGAUGAAUAUAAAAAUCCCAUACAGAGCAAUUCCGAAACCAUCAAUGGUCUGGAAAAAGGGUGACACUGAAUUAAAGACUGAAGACAGACUGACAUUGACAUGUGAACUUAAUCGUGUUCACCUGGAGCUUCUCAAGUGUAAACAUGAAGAUGCUGGCGUGUACACUGUUACUCUCGUGAAUGGUCUGGGUUCAGUAACUGGCACAAUCAACGUAAACGUAAUCGGCCUGCCUGGACAAUGUAAGGACAUCUCUCCGAGUGAGGUCACCAAGAACUCUUGCAAAAUCUCCUGGGAACCUCCAGAGAGUGAUGGUGGUAGCCCAAUCUUGCACUAUGUUCUAGAGCGUAGGGAAGCUCAGAAGAAGACAUUUUUGCCUGUGAUGUCGGGUGACAAUGUUUUAAGCUUUCUGGUCAAAGAUCUUAUGCUCAAUGGUGAAUAUUACUUCAGAGUCAAGGCUGUUAACAAAAUUGGGUGUGGCGAGUUUCUUGAACUCCGCAAUCCUGUUUUAACAGAAGAACAAAAACAACAUCCAGACCCACCAAUUGAGGUUGAGGGACACAAUCCCACCUCAAAUUCAAUUACUGUUACUUGGAUGGCACCACCAUAUGAUGGUGGAUGCCCAAUCACAGGGUACAUUCUUGAGAAGAUUGAAAAAGAUGGUGACAGAUUUGAGAGAUGCGUUCCAAAUCUGGUACCUGGUUUCUCCUACACUGUCACUGGCUUGACAGAAGGAAAAGAAUACCAGUUCCGUGUCCGUGCAGAGAACAUUGCAGGAGCAAGUGACCCAUCUCGCAGUACACCACUGAUUAAGGCUGCUGAUCCUGUUGAACCACCAAAGGUAUCACUUCAUGCCCGUAUUGCAUCUGGCCUCAGUAUCAAAAAGGGAGAGGAGAUUAGAUUGGAUGCUUACAUAUCUGGAUCUCCCUACCCAACUGUAACAUGGCUCAGAAAUGAUGAGAAUGUCAAGCAGCCGCCAGCUAAGAAGAAACCAGAAAUUGUGAAGAAGAAAAAGAAGAAGUCUGUGCAGCCUGAACCUGAAGAAGAAUUCCAUCCACCACUUUUAGAUCGCCUGUCAUUUGACCAGACCAAAAGCAGUGAGACUGCUCUGAUGGUGCGUGAUGCCAUCAGAUCUGACCAUGGAAAUUUCACUAUUAGAGUUGAGAAUACCCAUGGUUUUGCAACAGCAUCUUGUGACGUCAAUGUUCUUGAUAAGCCUGGCCCCCCUGUAAACUUUAGGUUUGAUGAGAUCAGGAACAUCUCUGUUGUUUGCACUUGGGAUGCACCUCUUGAUGAUGGCGGCAGUGAGAUCAUCAACUACAUACUGGAAAAGAAAGACAACACAACAGAUGAAAUUGGUUGGGUAACUGUGACCUCGACUCACAAGGGAUACAGUUACCCUGUGACCAAGCUUAUUGAAGGAAAGGAGUACAUCUUCAGAGUCACAGCUGAAAACAAGUUUGGCUGUGGACAUCCAUGCUACUCUGAACCACUUAUUGCGAAGAAUCAAUUUGAACCACCUGAUGCUCCCAACAUGCCAAGAAUUGGAGAGGUCACCUCCAGCACAGUUGCCCUCAGCUGGCAUGAGCCAAAGGACAAUGGUAGCCCUGUCUUGGGCUAUUGGGUUGAGAGACGUGAAGUCAACAGCAAAUAUUGGAUCAGAGUAAACGCCAAUCUUCUUAGUGCACUGACAGUUAAGGUUGAGGGUCUUAUGGAAGGCCUUGUUUACGUCUUUAGGGUCUGUGCCGAAAAUCUUGCUGGCCCAGGAGAAUUCAGUGUACCAACUGACCCUCAAACUGCAAUGGAUGCAAUCUUGCCACCUGGUCCACCUGUACCAAAAAUUGUUGAUGUCACAAAUACUACUAUUGAUAUCAGUUGGAUACCUCCCUUGUACAACGGUGGUGGAGAAAUCCUUGGAUAUCAUAUUGAGCGCUGUCUGGUUGGAGAGAAGGAUUGGGUCCGCUGCACUGAGUUUAGAUGCAAAGACCGCAAGUACACCGUGACUGGACUGACUGAAGGAGCUGAUUAUUACCUUCGUGUGUAUGCUGUAAAUGAUGCAGGACAUGGAGCCCCAGGCAUGACUGAACCUGUUCAGGCCAAAGAACCUGAAGAGUCACCAGGGGUUGAGUUUGAUAUCUCUGUAAGGAAUGGAGUCAUCAUUAGAGCUGGAGAAACAUUGCGUCUCCCUGCUGUUGUUACUGGGCGACCUGUACCAGAAGUUAAGUGGACAAAGGAUGAUGCAGAGCCAGACAAGGAGCAUGUAGUUAUUGAGACAGAAGUAAAGAACAGCACUUUAAGCAUCAAAAAUGCUUUGAGAACUGACCAUGGCAUAUACCAGAUCACAGGCACCAACCCCAGUGGAACCAAGUCUGCCUCUGUUAAGGUGGAUGUGAUGGAUGUUCCCGGACCAGUGGUGGAUCUUAAGACAGUUCAUGUGAGCAAGAAGAUGAUUUCAUUCACCUGGUCAGAUCCUCUGGAUAAUGGUGGAAGUGACAUAAUGGGCUAUGUUGUUGAGAGAAAGGAUGCCAAAAUGCACAUUUACAGACAACCCCUGGAAGUCGCCAGUUGCAAAUGUGACAUUGUUGGUCUGCUUGUUGGAGAAGAAUACAUGUUCCGUGUAGUUGCAAGGAACAAGUAUGGCCUUGGGGCUCCUGUUGACCUUGGACCUGUUUUAGCAGUGGAUCCCAAAGGAGUUCCAUCUGCCCCAGAGAAAUUGCACUAUACGGAAAGGACCAAUAACACUAUUACUUUGACUUGGGAACCUCCUCGUAGUGAUGGCGGUUCUCCAAUCCGAGGCUACUAUAUUGAAAAGAUGAGACAAGACAGCAAUGAAUUUGAUGUUGCCAACCGUCAACUCUGCAAAGACCUCACCAUCACUCUGGAAAAUUUGUCUGAGAACAUGAUGUACGACUUCAGAGUGAAAGCUGUCAAUGAGGUUGGUGAUGGAGAACCAUCCAAACCAAUCAGUGUCAAUAUUCAGGAUGACGAACAUUCACCAACUGUUAAGUGGUUGAAAUUCUUUAAAAAUGAUGCCAUUAUUGUCAAGAAAGGAGCAGCUAUUGAAAUUCCUGCUGACAUUUUUGGCCUACCCUUGCCUACAUUUGAGUGGACAAAGAAUGGAGUAGUUAUUGACCAACCCACUGAGACAAUGAUGUUGGAAUCAGAGGAGAUUAACAGACAAACUAUCAACACCAAAAUUGGUAUUCCUGAAACUGUAAGACAAGACACAGGCAUAUACAAGUUAACUGCCACAAAUACCCGUGGAGUAGGUCAACGCACAAUCCGUGUGGAUAUCUUGGAUCGCCCUUUGCCACCAAGAAACAUUGUGGUGUCUGACAUCAAAGCUGAGUCUUGCUACCUUACCUGGGAUGCUCCAGAGGACAAUGGUGGAAGUGACCUCACUAACUACAUCAUUGAGAAGAGAGAUGCCAGUAAAAAGAAGUCUGACUGGGAACAGCUGACAUGCUGCAUUAUAGACAGACGUUAUGGGGUGUACAAGUUGGAGGCCUAUGGUAAUUACCAGUUCCAGAUCAAAGCUGAGAACAAAUAUGGGGUCAGCGAUGGUUGUGAAUCAGAAAAGGUUGUACUCAAAGAUCCAUUUGGUCUUCCCGGGCCACCCCAGAGGCCAAGGAUUAUUAAACACACCUGCUCAUCCAUGGUGGUCACUUGGGAGCCUCCAAAAGACAAUGGUGGCUCAACUAUUCAAGGGUACUGGCUUGAAAAGAGAGAGAGAGGUGCUGUAUACUGGAGUCGUGUUAACAGAGCUCCAGUAACAAAACCAGCAGUCAAGGGCCUGGAAUACAAUGUGCUCCACCUUAUUGAGGGUGCCGAGUACAAGUUCCGUGUUAUGGCUCAGAAUGCAGCUGGCGUUGGACCUCCAAGUGAAGCAACAGAAUGCGUGUUUGCGGUUGAUCCAAGAAACCCACCAGGUCAACCACCAGCACCUGUAGUAACAGACAAAUCAACAAGCAGCGUGACCCUUUCUUGGACCCCACCAGAAAAAGAUGGAGGAAGUCCAAUAAAGGGUUACAUUGUUGAAGUUCAGGAUGAGGGUUCACAUGAGUGGAGAAGGAUCAAUACACCGGAGAAGCUGAUCCUGAGUAAUUCAUACACUGUGUCAGGGCUUAAAGAGAAUAAGAAAUGCAGGUUCAGGAUUGUUGCUGUAAAUGCUGCUGGUGAAUCUGAGCCAAGUCAAAGAACUUCUGAUAUCAUUGUACAGGAUAUUCUGGAGGAACCUGUCAUUACAUUGGAGGUCACAACUCAUGAACUUCUGAAUUGUCGUGCUGGAACAACCAUCAAGAUUCCAGCCACCAUCUCCGGCAAACCUGUUCCGAAUGUGACAUGGGACUUUAAUGGAACCGCUCCAACAGAGAAAAAGAAUGAGCGUCACACUCUGCCAGAGGAUUCCGAAGUAUCAUCCAGUGAUACAACAUCAGUAGUGACAAUCCCUGAAUGUAAAUUAAACCACUCUGGGCGAUAUAUCAUCACUGCCAACAACCAGGCUGGCACUAAAAUAGUUAAAGUGCGCGUGAAUGUACUUGAUUUGCCUGGAGCUCCAAAAGACAUCAAAGUCAGUGACAUCACACGUGGAACAUGUAGACUAACCUGGAUGCCUCCAGACUCUGAUGGUGGUGACAGGAUCAAAAGCUACUUCAUUGAGAAAAAGUCUGUUGAAGGAAAGGCUUGGACAAAGGUCAAUCCAGCUUGUGCAACGCAGUCCUUAGUUGUGCCAGACCUCAUUGAAGGACAAGAAUACUUGUUCCGUAUAAGAGCUGAGAAUCGCUUUGGUCUGGGGCCUCAUACCACAACCAUUCAGGGGACUAAAGCCAGGGAUCCUAUUCAUCCUCCGGAUCCUCCCACAAGAGUUAAAAUCGUUGAUGUGUCAAAGGGCAUUGUGACUCUGACUUGGAAGCCACCAAAAAAUGAUGGUGGUGCACCUGUGACUCACUACAAUGUUGAGCGUCUGUGGUGGGAUAGCAGUGGAAACCAGCAAGAGUCCUGGAGACAGUGCAACCGCCGUGAUAUUGAUAUCACCACUUUCAAAGUGGAGGAUCUCCACCAGGGUGCUGAAUAUGAAUUCCGUGUUAAGGCUGUGAAUGAGGUUGGUGCUAGUAGACCAUCCUCUACAGCAGGACCUAUCAUUGUUAUGGACCAGAACAGGGCACCUUCCAUUGAGCUUCCAGAAUUUAUGGAGGUUGAACAGGGUGCAGAUAUUCAUAUUGUUGCCAAGAUUAAGGGAUGUCCAUUCCCAACACUCACAUGGCAGAAGGCUCCACCUCACAAGGGUGAAAACAAGGUUGACAUUGAGUAUGAUGAGCACAUCAACAAGCUUGUGUCUGAUGAUAGCUGCACACUGCUGAUCCAGCAGGGCAAACGCUUAGAUACAAGCCUCUACACUCUUACUGCUAGCAACAGCCUUGGUACUGUUUCCAAGGAAAUGAGGCUUAAUGUUCUAGGCCGUCCCGGGGCUCCAUCUGCACCCAUUAAAUUUGAGGAAAUUCAUGCUGAACAAAUAACACUGUCGUGGUUGCCUCCUAAGGAUGAUGGUGGCUCCAAAAUUACAAACUACACUAUUGAGAGACGUGUUGCCAACAGGAAGACUUGGAUUCCUGUCACUAGUGAACCCAAAGAGAGAAUAUACACAGUCGAGAAUCUAAUGCCUGGCCAUGAGUACAUUUUCCGCAUUAGGGCUCAAAACAAAUAUGGUGUUGGUGAUCCUCUUGAUAGCGAACCUGAAGUAGCCAGAGAUGUGUUCGUGCCACCUGGUCGAUGCGAGAAGCCAACACUCUCUAGCGUCACAAUAGACUCCAUGACUUUGAACUGGGAAGAGCCAGACACAGAUGGAGGUACUCCAAUCACAGGCUAUUGGCUUGAGCGUAAAGAAACUACAUCUAAACGCUGGAGCAGAGUAACUCGUGAUCCAGUCAGGCCCAUGCCACUUGGUGUGUCUCACCAAGUUGUGGGACUCAUUGAGGGAUCUCAGUAUUUGUUCCGUGUGAUUGCAAUAAAUGCAGCGGGAUGUGGACCCCCAAGUGAGCCAUCUGAUCCAACAUUUGCCAGAGAUCCAAUAGCUCCUCCUUCUCCACCAACCCCAAAAGUCACUGACUGGACUAAGACUACAGCAGACUUGGAAUGGAUUCCACCCUUGAAGGAUGGAGGUUCAAAGAUAAUGGGCUACUAUGUUGAAUACAAAGAGGAGGGCACAGAAGCAUGGGUUAAGGCCAAAGACAAGGAAGUUAGAGGUACUAAAUUGGUGGUCACUGGACUGAAAGAGAAUGCAUUGUUUAAGUUCAGAGUUUUGGCAUUCAAUGCUGCUGGCUUGAGUGAACCAGGCGAAGUUGCUGAUGCUAUUGAAAUGAAGGACCGGAUAAUUUUGCCAGUCCUUGAGCUGGACAUUUCAGUAAAGGAGAAGAUGGUUAUUCAUGCUGGAGGUGUUAUUCGUAUCCUGGCUUAUGUGUCAGGCCAACCUCCACCUGUGAUAACAUGGAGCAGAGAUGGGUUCCCAGUCCCACCAGAAGCUGUUAUUGAAACCACUUCAAUCAGCUGCUCAAUGGUAAUCAAAGACUGCACAAGGGCACAACGAGGUGUUUAUACAAUAACAGCCAAUAAUGAUGGAGGAGAGGUGAAGAGGUCUGUUAUUGUUGAUGUACUUGAUGUCCCUGGUCCGGUGGGGGCACCAUUCACAGCAGAAAGUUUAACAAGUGAUUCAUGCAAGCUGAACUGGUUUUUCCCUGAUGAUGAUGGUGGAUCUGCCAUCUCCAACUACAUAAUUGAGAAACGUGAAGCAGAGCGCAAGGCUUGGACAUCUUGCUCUUACACAGCUGGCAGACAAAAUGCUGUAGUAAAUAAUCUGGUGCUAAAAAAGGCAUAUUUCUUCAGAGUUGCAGCUGAAAAUGUAAUUGGAGUAGGACCUUUCAGUCAAACAUCAUGCGAAAUUGAGAUUAAAGAUCGCAUCAAUGUUCCAGACCGUCCAGAAGAUCUUGAGGUGACUACCAUCACUAAAGACUAUAUCAGUUUGACUUGGAAGCCACCUAAGUACGAUGGAGGAUCUGAGGUGAUAUCUUACAUUCUUGAGGCUCGCAUGAUUGGCAAAGACAAGUUUGUCAGACUGACCAAAGAGAAACUGAUGGAUAGGAGAUAUACUUAUGAUGGUCUCAGAGAAGGCGACACCUAUGAAUUCCGUGUCAGUGCAGUGAAUGAAGUUGGUCCUGGCAAACCAUCCUUCUCCACUAAGCCAAUUAAAUGUAAAGACGAACUUGAACCUCCUACAAUUGAGCUUGACUUCCGUGAUAAGGUUGUUGUGCGUGUUGGUGAAAGCUUUGCACUCCAGGGGCGUUACACUGGAAAACCAGCCCCAUCUGUCACCUGGUCAAGGGAUGACAAUGAACUGAAAGCAGACAACCAUAUCAAGUUCAGAAAUACUCUUACCACAAUGUGUCUGGGUAUUAUGAAAGCUCAGCGUGGGCACAGUGGCAAAUACUGUGUGACUGUUGAAAACUGUACUGGUGCUCGUAAAGGCAUUUGCAAUAUCACAGUUGCAGAUCGACCAUUGCCUCCAGAGGGCCCAGUUGUCUUUGAGGAAGUUCACAAAGAUCACAUGGUUAUUUCUUGGAAGCCCCCUCUUGAUGAUGGUGGAUGUGAAAUUUCUAACUACGUAAUUGAAAAGAGAGAUGUAAACAGAGACAUGUGGACAACUGUAACAUCUGCCUCCACAAAAACCCACUGCAAAGUACCUAAGCUUGUAGAGGGUCGUGAAUACAUCAUGAGAAUUAGUGCUGAGAACAUGUAUGGCAUAAGUGACCCACUGGAGUCAAAAGAGAUGAAAGCUAAAGAUCUAUUCAGGGUACCUGAGGCACCUGAGCAACCCACUGUAAAAGACGUUUUUCGUGAUUCAGCACUGGUGAUUUGGAACCGUCCUCGUGAUGGUGGAAAGCCCAUCACAAACUAUAUCUUGGAGAGGAAGGAGCCUUCAGCUAAGAGAUGGUCUCGUGCAACCAGAGAUCCAAUUUACCCUGCUACACAGUAUAGGGUACAAGACCUUGUUGAAGGCUGUGAAUAUGAAUUCCGUGUAAUGGCAGAGAAUGAAAUUGGCACUGGAGAUCCUAGCCCUCCAAGUAAACCUAUUCUUGCUAAGGAUCCCAUUGUUCUGCCAAGCCCACCUGUUUUGCCUGAAGCUGUUGACAAGACUAAAGAUUCUGUGAGUCUAUCAUGGCGUGUUCCUCGUCAUGAUGGUAAAGGCAAAAUUUUUGGUUACUUGAUUGAGUAUCAGAAGCCUGGUGCAGUCGAAUGGAUCCAGGCAAAUGAAACUCCUGAAUCAUGCACAGACACCAAGUUUGUUGUGACAAAACUACCAGAUGGUGGAGAGUUCCAAUUCAGAAUUAUGGCUGUGAAUGCAGCUGGAAAAUCUGAACCUGCAUAUGUCAAGGAACCAGUGAAAGUUCAUGACAGACUUGAGGAGCCAGAGUUGCUGUUACAUGGCAAUAUGGCUCGUGAUCACCUUGCCAUGGUUGGGACAGACAUCACACUCAGUGCCACAAUUAAGGGCAUGCCAAUACCCACUGUCUCUUGGAAAAAGAAUGAUGGUGAAGUUCCUGCUCAUUGCCUUAUAGAGGUCACAGCAAGCGGAAGCAAACUUCACAUUAAGAAGUGUACCCGUGCUGACAGUGGCAAUUAUACUAUCACUAUUCAGAAUGCAGCUGGAUCGAAAUCUGCUACCUGCACUGUUCUUACUCUUGAUAAACCUGGACCUCCAAGGAAUCUUACCAUCUCUGAAAUCACAAGUGAGUCAGCUUACCUGACAUGGCAAAAGCCAGAAGAUGAUGGUGGUGCUGUGAUCUCCCACUAUGUUGUGCAAAAGAAAGAUGUUGCAGCUGAGAACUGGGUUUCAGUGUGUGCUGCAUCCAAAAAGCUGAGCCUCAUGGCUCAAUAUCUGAUGGAGGGAAUUCAGUAUCUCUUCAGAAUUGCAGCUGAGAAUCAGUUUGGUAGGAGUGCAUUUGUUGAAACCAACAAGCCCAUCAAGGCUGUUGAUCCUCUUUAUCCCCCUGGUCCACCCAAGAAUCUGCAUCAUGUGGAUGCAGACAAAACUGAAGUAUGGCUUCAGUGGGAGUGGCCUGAACGUACAGGUGGAAGUGAGAUCACUGGAUUCAUUGUUGAGCAUCAAGAAGAAGGUUCCACAGACUGGGUGACCUUCAAGACUGUCAGCAAUCCUCAAUGCCAUGUAACUGGACUUGUGGAGGGCAAAACCUAUAGAUUCCGUGUAAAAUCACAAAAUGCAAUUGGCAUUAGUCGGCCAGACACCACUGUGCCAAUUACUUGCCAGGAAAAAACCUUGGCUCCAACUAUUGAAGUUGAUGUGAAGCUUAUUGAGGGUCUUGUUGUCAAGGCUGGAAGUACAAUUGUCCUCCCAGCAGUCAUGCAUGGAAUCCCAACUCCAACAGCCAAGUGGCAAAGUGAAGGAAAUGAGCUUAAAACUGAGGGCACAUUUAAGAUUGUUACUGAAGGAAAUUCAACUGUCUUGACUAUUAGUGAAUGCGUCAGAAAUGACAGUGGAGAGUUUAUACUUACUGUGGCAAAUCCUGCUGGAAGCAAAUCUGUUGCUCUACAUGUCACAGUCCUUGAUGUUCCAUCUGCUCCAGUUGGUCCUGUAAAUAUCCUUGAGGUUACCCCUGAUCAUAUGACAAUCCAGUGGCGUCCACCAAAAGAUGAUGGGGGUUCACCUUUAAUGAACUAUGUUGUAGAGAAGAAGGAUGUCAAGAAGCCUUGGGAGCCAUGGUCAGUUGUGAGUUCUGGAAGUUCCAGUACAAAGGCCAAAGUCCCACGUUUGGAGAAGGGACGUGAAUAUAUUGUGUGUGUACGUGCCGAGAACAAAAUUGGCAUUGGAGCUGCCCUUGAAAGUCCUCCCACUAUUGCCAAGCAUAUGUUUGAUCCACCAGGCCCUCCUGGCCAACCAACAUGUUCUGAUAUAACAGAAAAUGCUGUAACAGUGUCAUGGACUGAACCAGAAACAGAUGGUGGAAGCCCUGUGAGUGGCUACAUUGUUGAGCGCAGGGAGAUGACCGGAAAAUGGAUACGUGUCAAUAAAACACCAGUCUUGGAUGUUAGAUACAGGGUGUGCGGUCUGUUUGAAGGCAACAGCUAUGAAUUUAGAAUAUUUGCUGAAAAUGUUGCUGGUGUAAGUGAGCCUUCAUAUCCAUCAGACCCUGUGAAAGCUAAACGUCCAAUUAGUCCUCCAGGGCCUCCAAGUAACAUUAAGCUGAAGGACUGGAGCAAGUCAUAUGCAGAUGUGGUAUGGACCAAACCUUCCAGAGAUGGUGGCAGCCCCAUCUUAGGCUAUGUUGUUGAAUGCCAGAAAUCAGGUUCUGCACAGUGGGACAGAAUAAAUAAGGAUCUAAUUAAGUUUUGUGCAUUUAGAGUACCUGGACUUAGUGAAGGCACAGAGUACAGAUUCCGUAUUAGAGCCUCAAACAAAGUUGGAGAUGGUGAGCCAAGAGAACUCACAGAAACUGUGCUGGCCAAGGACAUUCUUGUUCCCCCCGACGUAACUGUUGAUGUUGCUUGCCGUGACCUCCUAACAGUAAGAGCAGGGCAAAUCAUCAACCUUGUGACCCGUGUAAAGGGCAGACCUGAUCCAGAAAUCACUUGGACUAAAGAUGCAAGAGCUUUAGGCAGAGAUAAACGCACUGAGAUGAACAAUAACUUCCCUCUUGUUGAGCUGGUUAUUCAGGAAGCUGUUAGAGCUGAUUAUGGAAAGUAUGCAAUUCAAGCAAAGAACAGCAGUGGUCAAGCACAUGCUACAAUUAUUGUUAAUGUACUUGAUAUUCCUGGAGCCUGUCAGAAUUUGAAGGUUGCUUAUGUGACUAAAGAGUCAUGUAUGGUGUCUUGGGAAAAUCCAGAGGAUAACGGUGGCACUGAAAUUACUAAUUAUAAAAUUGAGUGCCGACAACCAAGUCAAAGGGGAUGGACAGUUGUUUCAUCUGACUGCACCAAACGACUUGUCAAAGCUCCACUUGUUGAGAAUUGCGAAUAUUUCUUCCGUGUGAGUGCAGAGAAUAAAAUUGGUGUUGGUCCACCAACUGAAACAAAAGCACCAGUCCUUGCUGUUGACCCAGUUGAGAAACCUGGUGAGCCAGAGAACUUCCAAAUCACUGAAAUUGGCAAGACAUUUGUCUUCCUCAAAUGGAAGAAACCAGAAUAUGAUGGUGGUAGUCGUAACCUUGCUUACCAUAUUGAAAAGAAACCUAAAGAAGCAGAUGAAUGGGAAAGAUUACACAAAGGUGCCAUAAAGGAAACCUAUUUUAUGGCUGACAGAUGUAUUGAGAACCAAAUUUAUCAAUUUAGAGUUCAAACAAAGAAUGAGGGAGGAGAGAGUAACUGGGUGACAACAGAUGAAGUUCUUGUAAAGGAGGAACUUGUACAGCCAGAGCUCAAAAUCAAACUGAUGGGAGUUCUUGUUGUUAAAGCUGGAGAUGCAGUUCCAAUUGAGGCAGAUGUUAUAGGUAAACCUCAGCCUGAUAUAAAAUGGUCUAAAGAAGGUGUUACUGGAGAUAUCACCAAAAGCCCAAGAGUGCAAGUUGAAACUGGCACCAACUUCACUAAAUUCCUGCUCACAAGUUCAAGACGUGGAGAUACUGGAAAAUACAUAAUUACUGGAACAAAUGCUGCUGGAACCUGUACUGCUGAGGCCAAGGUGAAUGUUCUUGAUAGACCAGGUCCUAUUAGAGAUCUGAAAGUGUCAGAGAUUUCUGUGGACCGAUGCAAGCUUACAUGGGAAGUACCAGAAGAUGAUGGUGGUUGUGAGAUCUAUAACUACAUCAUAGAAAAAUGUGAGACAAAGAGAGGAGUUUGGUCAAUUCAUUCAGCAGCUGUAAUUACCAAUUCAGCUAAAGUUACUCGCCUUAUCGAAGGAAAUGAAUACAUAUUCCGAGUGAGAGCUGAAAACAAAAUGGGUGCUGGCCCUGCUGUUGAAACUGAGUCUAUUGUUGCAAGGACCCAGUUUAACAGACCUGGUGCACCAGAUGCUCCAGAAGUGACUAAAAUUUCAAAAGAAGAAAUGGUUGUUAUGUGGUGCUCUCCUGAUAAUGAUGGUGGGAAACCUAUCACUGGUUAUAUUCUUGAGAAAAAAGAAGAGCAUGCCAUUCGGUGGGGCCCUGUUGUUAAGUCCCCAAUUGCAGGGACACAGAUGACUGUUACAGGUUUACUGCCUAAUCAUGAAUACCAGUUCCGUGUUAAGGCUGAAAAUGAAAUUGGGGUUGGUGAUGCAAGCAAGCCAUCCAGAUCAUUUACUGCAAGAGAUCCAGUUGAGCCUCCUGGUCCCGUUAGUAACUUAAAGGUGGCUGACAGCUCAAAGACAUCAGUCACUCUUGCAUGGACAAAGCCUACAUAUGACGGAGGUGCUCCUCUUAUUGGAUAUGUAGUUGAGCUCAGAGUCAAGGGCACAGGCAAGAAGGGGGAUGAAGGCUGGAAAAGGUGCAAUGUUGCUGCCCAGUUGAUCGGAACAGAAUUCACUGUCUCAAGCCUGGAUGAGAAGCUUGAAUAUGAAUUCCGUGUUUCUGCCCAAAAUCAGGUUGGCUUGAGUCAGCCAACAAAUCUCGAGGGAGCUGUGACACCAAGAGAAGUCUUGGAGGCCCCCGAGAUUGAUUUGGAUGCAGACCUGAAGAAAGGGUUGACAGUUAGGGCUGGAUGUCCAAUAAGAUUAGUUGCAACAAUUAGAGGAAGACCCGCUCCCAAGGUCUUAUGGAGGAGAAUGGGUAUAGAUAAUGUUGUUCAGAAGGGCCAUGUUGAUCUCAUUGACACUAUGACAUUCCUUGUCAUAUCUGAAAGUUCUCGUGAUGAUUCAGGCAAAUAUUCAUUGACUGUAUCCAGUCCAGCUGGAGAAAAGGCAGUGUUUGUGAAUGUCAAAGUACUUGAUACACCUGGACCUGUUGUUGGUCUUGAGGUUACUGACAUCACAAUGUCCUCUUGCAACCUCACAUGGUCUCCACCUGAAAAUGAUGGUGGCAGUAACAUCACUCAUUACAUGGUUGAAAAACGACAAAUUGAUCGCAAGACUUGGGCAACAGUGAAAGCUAAUGUUGAAAACACCACAUUUAAAGUAAGCAAUCUCGUCCCAGGAACAGAGUAUUACUUCCGGGUCAUAGCUGUAAACGAGUAUGGUCCCGGAGUCCCAAGAGUUACACCAAAAUCUUAUCUGGCCUCUGAUCCUAUCAGCAAGCCUGACCCACCACAAAAGGUUGAUAUUCUUGAGAUUACUAAGAACAGUGCAACUGUGGGAUGGGUGAAACCAUUGCGGGAUGGCGGAGCUAAAAUUGAUGGCUACAUUAUUGACUAUCUUGAGCUACCAAUGCCUAAACCUCCCAAGAAACCAGUAGAGGGUGAAGCUGAGGCUGAGCCUGGCGUAGAGCCUGUGGCUCCUCCUUCACCUGAACCUGUGGUUGAGGACAAGGAGGAGAAGGAGGAGAAGAAGGAGGAAUGGACACCAUACACAGUCGUAAAAGAUUUGAGCAUCUCUGUUGCUGGACUAAAGGAAGGAAGAAAAUAUCGUUUCAGAGUUGCAGCAAGAAAUGCCAUGGGUUCUAGUCUUCCCACAGAGACAAGAGAAGCUUAUGAGAUCAAGGAGCAGAUGCUGGAGCCCAAAAUCAUCAUGCCUGAACUUGUCACUGCAAAGGCAGGAGCAAAACUGAGGGUUGAGGCUCUUGUAUCUGGAAAGCCAGCACCAGUGUGCCAAUGGAAACGGGGAGAAAAUAAUGUAGUUUCAUCAAGCCGUCUUGCUGUGCACAAAUCUCAGAACAUGUGUGUGCUCAUUAUUAAGGAUGUUUCGAGACAAGACAGUGCUGAAUACAGCCUUGUUGCUGAGAACAGCACUGGAAAAGUUGACCAGACUUUGAAAAUCAUCAUCAGAGAUAUUCCUGGACCACCUGAGCCACCAUUUGAGAUCAGUGACAUCGAUUCUGAUGCCUGCACACUCUCUUGGAACAAACCUACUGAAGAUGGUGGUAGCAAUAUCACUAAUUAUGUGGUUGAGAAGUGUGAUGUAAGCAGAGGUGACUGGGUUACUGCUCUUUCCAGUUGUGGGAAAGCUGGCUGCAGAAUCGGAAAGCUUAUUCCUGGAAAGGAAUAUGCCUUCCGUGUUCGUGCUGAGAAUAGAUUUGGUAUUUCAGACCCCCUUACAUCUGAAAGGAUGGUUGCUAAAUUCCCCUUUGAUGUUCCUGGUGAACCUUUGAACUGCCGCAUCAACAAAGUGAACAAGGACUGCAUGUUUGUGGCUUGGGAUAAGCCUGAGUCUGAUGGUGGCAGUCCAGUUACUGGAUACUACAUUGAACGCAAAGAGAGGAACAGUCUCCUUUGGGUGAAGGCUAAUGAUUCUGUUGUUCGCACAACAGAAUAUCCUUGUGCUGGCCUAAUUGAGGGUCUGGAGUACACUUUCAGAGUGUCUGCUAUAAACCGAGCUGGACAGGGUAAACCAAGCAAGAAAACGGAGUUCAUCACAGCAAGAACACCUGUUGAUGCUCCUGGAAAGCCAGAGGUGCUUGAUGUUGCUAAGAACACAGUUACACUGGUUUGGACUAAACCAAAGAAUGAUGGUGGAAGCAAGAUAAUUGGAUACUAUGUUGAGGCCUUAAGGCUUCCAGGAGACACUUGGGUGCGUUGCAACAUAAGUAGUCAAAAUGUGCCUCGUGAGGAGUACACCGCAACUGGGUUAGAAGAGGGUGCUAAGUACCAGUUUAGGGUAAUUGCCAAGACAGCAGUUAACAUUAGCAGGCCAUCUGAAAUCACUGACCCCAUUCUGGUGUCUGCAGAAAAUGUGCCUCCAAGAAUAGAGCUUUCAAUACAGAUGAAAAAGAUGUUGUCAGUAAAGGCUGGGUCAGAUGUUUGUCUUGAAGCUGAAGUUUUUGGCAAACCAAUGCCCAAGGUUACAUGGAGCAAAAAUGGAGAAUUGUUAAAGGCUGACAAAGAAUUCAAGAUGUCUCAAAAGAGACAUCUCUUUUCUCUGAGCCUUGAUGCAGUUACUAAACUUCAUACUGGAAAUUAUGGAAUUCUUGCAGCAAAUGCAAGUGGUUCUACGACUGCAGAAAUACAACUCAAAGUUUUAGAUAUACCUGGCCCACCAGCCUCUAUCAAAUUUGACGAGAUAGUUUCAGAUCGGAUUAAGUUGUGCUGGGAGGCUCCACUUGCCGAUGGUGGUUCUCCAAUAACAAAUUAUGUUGUUGAUAAACGGGAGACAAGUAGGGCAAACUGGGCCCAGUUUUCUGCUAAAAUCAGUGGUGAUACAACGGAAUGUUCAGUGGAGAGACUAAUUGAGGGGCACGAGUACCAGUUCCGUGUUCGUGCUGAGAACCACUAUGGUACUGGUGAUGCCAUUGUAUCCGAUCCUGUUGUGGCAAGGAAUCCCUUCACUGUUCCUGGAGCAUGUGACCCACCGGUCCUUACAAACAUCACAAAGGAGUGUAUGACUGUAAGCUGGAAGGAACCAUCUGAUGAUGGAAAAUCCCCUAUCCUUGGAUACAUGGUUGAGAAACGUGAAACCAAGGAAGUGAACUGGACCAAACUGAACAGAAAACCCUUGCUGGAGAGAACACUUGAGGUUGGAGGUCUCUCAGAGGGAGCUCAGUAUGAGUUUAGAGUCAUUGCUGUUAAUAAAGCUGGCCUUGGCAAACCCAGUGAACCAUCUAAUGCUGCCUCUGCUCUUGAUCCUUUGUAUCCUCCAGGCCCACCCAUUUCUCCCAAGGUCACAGACACCACCAGCAGCACAAUUAGACUAACUUGGGCUAAGCCUGCAAAUGAUGGUGGAAGUGAAAUUUUGGGAUACCUUGUUGAAUGCAAGAGAACUAAUACAACAGACUGGAUAAGAUGCAAUGUACCAAAGAACCUUCAGGAUACCAAUUAUGUUGUGACUGGACUCUUGGAGAACUCAGAGUACCAACUUCGUGUUACUGCUGUAAAUAAAGUUGGAUUCAGCCUGCCUUGUGAAGUUCCUGAAAAACACAUUGCCAAGGAUGUUUUUGUUGCUCCUGAGGCUGAGCUUGACGCAGAGCUGAAGGACAUUGUUGUGCUAACGGCUGGAAGUAAAAUGAAACUUCAUGCCACAAUUAAGGGUCGACCAACCCCCAGGGUCAUCUGGGCCAAGAUGAACACCAACAUUAAGGACAGACAAGGAAUCAUAAUCAAGACGACAGACACUGAUACAUUGGUUUGUGUUGAGAAAGUAAACAGAUACGACGCAGGGAAAUACAUUCUGAAUCUUGACAGUGUAAGCGGAAUGAAGAUGUACACAGUUAUUGUCAAGGUCCUUGAUACCCCUGGACCUCCACUUAAUCUGAUGGUAAAAGAGUCAUCAAAGGACAGUGCCUCCAUCCUAUGGGAUGCACCUCUAAUUGAUGGUGGAAGUGAGAUUACAGGUUACAUUGUUGACAAAAGAGAUGCAGAAAGGAAAGCAUGGUCAAAUGUUUCAAACACUUGUACUAAAACAUCUUUCAAGAUUGAUGGUUUAGAGGCUGGUAGAUCUUAUUGCUUCAGGGUUCUGGCUCAAAAUCAGUAUGGAAUUGGUGAACCAUGUGAAACUGUGGAUGCUGUUAGAGCUUCUGAACAACCUGGACCAGUUAUGGACUUCAAGACCUUGCUGGUAACCAAGGACUCUUGUACUCUUUCCUGGAAAAAACCAUUCAGUGAUGGUGGAAGUCGCAUCAUUGCAUAUGUGCUUGAGGUCCUUAAUGGCGAAGACAAAUGGAAGGAGCUUCUUCGAUCAAAGAACAUGCAAUAUAGUGCAAAAGAUCUUGUUGAAGGAAGGGAAUAUAAAUACAGAGUAUUUGCAACAAAUGAUUCUGGUGAUGGUCCCGUGAAAGAACUCGCUGUGAUCGCAAAAGAUGUCAAUGUUUAUCCAAGAUGUGACUUGCGGGAAUUGCCUAACUUGAACUACAUUGCAAAAGAAGGAAGCAAUGUUCGUCUCAAGAUUCCUAUUAGUGGAAAGCCUGUCCCUGUUGUCACAUGGAAGAAGGGAGAGGAUGAAAAUCUCACAGACACAGGAAGAGUGUGUGUAGAAUCGACAGCUGUAAACACAACUCUCUUGAUACGUGACUGCCAAAGGACAGAUGCCUCAAAAUACACCAUCACUCUUCGCAACACUGCUGGGACUAAAGAGUCCACAAUUUUCGUCAGAGUUGUUGGUAAACCAGGAAUUCCAACUGCACCAAUAAAAUUCAAAGAAGUGACUGCAGAUGGUGCAACCCUAAAAUGGGGUGCUCCUAAAGAUGAUGGUGGAUCAGAAGUUACCAACUACAUUCUUGAGAAACGUGAUUCCAUUACUAACAUGUGGGUUACAGUGUUUUCAUCUGUGGACACAAACACUUUCAGAGUGACUGGUCUCCAUGAGGGAACUGAAUACAUCUUUAGAGUGAGUGCAGAAAACAAAUAUGGAAUUGGCGAAGGCCUCAAAUCAGAGCCUAUGGUUGCCAAGCAUCCAUUCAAUGUACCAGAUUCACCUCCUCCCCCACAAGUCAUGAUUAUGCGUCAUGAUUCAGCAACUCUUACAUGGUUAGAUCCAAGGAAAACUGGAGGCUCACCAAUCACAGGCUACCAUGUUGAAUUCAAGGAAAGAAACAGCAUGUUAUGGAAAAGAGCAAAUCCAACCCCUUUGAAGAUGAGAGAUUUCAAAGUGACUGGCUUAACAGAGGGUCUAGAGUAUGAGUUCAGAGUUAUGGCUAUUAAUUUGGCUGGUGUUGGAAGACCAAGUCCUGCCACUGAGCCAAUGGUUGCCUUGGAUGCAAUUGAUGCACCUGGGAAACCAGAUGUGAUUAGCAUCACUAGAAGCACUGUAACACUUCAAUGGACUGAACCUCAGUAUGAUGGUGGACACAGGCUAACAGGCUACAUUGUUGAGAGACGUGAUCUCCCAGCCAAGGUCUGGGUGAAGGCUAAUACAGUAAAUGUUGUCGACUGUGCAUAUACUGUAGCAGACUUGCAAGAGGGUUGCAAGUAUGAAUUUAGAAUCAGAGCAAAGAAUGGUGCUGGAGCAAUAAGUCAACCCUCUGAACAAACAGAUACCCUUAUGUGCACGGAUGAAUAUGCGGCACCAACAAUUAUAAUCGAUCCAACAGUCAAGGAGGGGCUUACUGUCAAAGCUGGAGAUACAAUUGUGAUUACUGCAACAAGCAUUCUGGGCAAACCCCAACCAACCUCUAUGUGGUCAAAGUGUGGAAAGUAUUUCAAGCCUUCAGAUGUGUGUCAGAUAGAAACUACAACUUCUUCUUCUACUCUUUCUAUCAAGUAUGCCAGUAGGAAGGAUUCAGGAGAGUACACAAUCACAGCAAGUAACCCAUUUGGUGUCAAAGAGGAAAAUGUGAAAGUAACAAUUUUAGAUGUUCCUGGUCCACCAGGGCCAGUUGAAGCAAGCGGAAUUUCUUCUGAAAAGGUCACUUUGACAUGGACACCACCUCAUGAGAAUGGAGGAUCUCCAAUCAAAUAUUACACAUUGGAGAAAAGAGAAACAAGCCGUCUCCUUUGGACCAUUCUUGCCGAAAAGGUUAUUGACUGCCACUUUGUUGCCAAUAAACUUAUUCAGGGAAAUGAGUACAUCUUCCGGGUUUCUGCUGUCAAUAAUUCUGGAGCUGGUGAUGCCUCUCAUUCUGAGCCAGUGAAAAUGGUGGAUAGAUAUGGUCCCCCAGGACCGCCAGCCAAGCCAGAAGUUGAAAAUGUUUAUGGAAAUUCUGUUACCAUUGCUUGGAAAAGACCAGCCGAUGAUGGAGGAAGUGAUAUAACAGGGUACAUGGUUGAGAGGAAAGAAAAGAAGGGCAUGAGAUGGACACGAGCAUCAAAGAAAACAAUUGCUGACCUCCACUUUGAAGUGAAAGGGCUGAAAGAGGGAGUUGAAUAUGAAUUUAGAGUAACUGCUGAGAAUAAGGCUGGUUUUGGUGAGCCAAGUGAACCUUCAGUGCCUGUGAGGACAAAGCUUGUUGCAGAUGUACCUGGUCCUCCAGUCAACCCAAGAGUCACCGACACAACAAAAACAACAGCUGAAUUGCACUGGGGCAAACCACUUAGUGACGGUGGCAUGGAAGUCACAGGAUACUUUAUUGAACACAAAAAGGAGGGAGAAGAAGAAUGGAUCAAAGAUACAACUACGCCUUUGAGGAUAACUGAGUUUGUUGUCCCCAAUUUGCAAGCUGGAGUGAAGUAUCAUUUCAGAAUUAGUGCAAUGAAUACAAUAGGUGUCAGUGAACCGGCACAAACAGAGGAUCUUGUUGAAAUUGUGGAACGUGAAGAAAUCCCUGAUUUAGAACUUGAUGCAGAACUCAGAAGAACGUUAGUUGUUAGGGCAGGUGCCUCUAUUCGUAUAUUUGUUCCUAUUAAAGGACGCCCAACCCCUGCAGUGACUUGGACAAAAGAGGACUCACCAUUGAAAACUCGUGCAAUCAUUGACAGUACUGAAUCAUACACCCUGUUGGUCAUUCCUGACUGUAAUAGACGUGAUGCAGGCAAAUAUGAUUUAACAUUAGAGAAUGCUGCUGGAAAGAAGACAGCUUCGGUGGUUGUAAGGGUUUUGGACUCCCCUGGGCCUCCACUCAGUCUGAAACCUAAAGCAAUUGACAAAGAGAGUAUCACAUUGGAAUGGGAAAUGCCUCUUAUUGAUGGAGGUGCCAAGAUCACCAAUUACAUCAUUGAGAAGAGAGAGUCUACUCGCAAGGCAUAUGCUGCCGUGAUCACACAAUGUGAGACAUGCUCUGUCAGAGUUUCUGAUCUGGGAGAGGGUUUGGAAUAUUAUUUCAGAGUUUUUGCUGAAAAUGAGUAUGGCAUUGGUGAAGCAGUUGAAACCCCAGACCCAGUCAGAGUAUCUCAAGCACCAACUCCACCAGAAAAUGUCAUUUUUACUGAUGUCACAAAGCACACAGUUAAUCUUGCAUGGACUAAACCAAAACAUGAUGGUGGAAGUAGAGUUACUGGGUAUGUAAUUGAGGCACAAAAGAAAGGUACAGAUCAGUGGGCCCAUGUGACAACUGUGAAGACUUUGAACUUUAUUGUAAAAAAUCUUAAUGAAAAUGAAGAGUAUGUAUUCCGUGUGAUGGCCGUAAACAGCUCUGGGCGAAGUCAUCCUCGUGUAAGCAAGUCUGUUGUUAUCAGAGAACAAAGUUCAGAACCAGAAUUCGACCUCCGUGGUGUGUGUCAGAAGACAGUUAUUGCCAAGGCCGGUGCUGAUAUAAAGGUUGAGGUGCCUGUUUCUGGACGUCCUAAACCAACAGUUUCCUGGCAGAAAGACAGUCAAGCCCUCAAAUUAACACAAAGAACAAUGAUUGAAACUACUUCUACCUCAACUAUCUUGAUCAUAAAUGAAUGUUUAAGAAGUGACAGUGGAAUAUACUCAAUGACAGGAAAGAACAUUGUUGGCUCAGUCACAGACAGCAUCAGAGUAAAGGUGCAUGAUGUGCCUGGACCACCAAAGGGACCAAUUAAACUGGACAAAAUAUCUCGUACUUUCAUUGAGUUCUCAUGGGAAUCUCCUGAAAAUGAUGGAGGUGUACCAAUCAAUAACUAUGUAGUUGAAAUAAGGGAAACUACCAGCCAGACAUGGGUAGAACUUUCCUCUUUAAUUAUUCGUACAACAUUUAAAGCAACUCGUUUAACUACAGGAGUUGAAUAUCAAUUCCGUGUCAAGGCCAAAAACAGAUAUGGUACAGGGCCUCCAAUAACCUCAGAGUCAGUGGUUGCUGCAUAUCCAUUUAAGGUGCCUGGGCCACCUGGAACACCUAAUGUUGUUGCUUUCACUAAGGAUACAAUAACAGUUGGCUGGAAUGAGCCUGUUUCUGAUGGGGGAAGCGACGUCAUUGGUUACCAUGUUGAAAGGAAAGAGAGAAACAGUAUUGUUUGGCACAGAAUUAGCAAGGCACUUGUGGUCGGAAAUCUAUUCAAAUCUACAGGACUAGAGGAUGGUGUGGCAUAUGAAUUCCGUGUGAUUGCGGAAAACAUAGCUGGAAUUGGAAAACCAAGCAAAGCUUCUGAACCAAUGCUUGCUCUUGAUCCAGUGGAUCCACCUGGUCAACCUGUCCCAAUACAUGUGUCGAAAAACGCCAUCACUAUUCAGUGGACAAAGCCAGAGUAUGAUGGUGGUUUCAAAAUUACUGGCUAUACUGUAGAAAAAAGAGAUAUUCCAGCUGGGCGCUGGAUAAGAGCUAACUUUACAAAUAUCAUUGAAACCACUUUCACAAUAAGUGGUCUAACACAAGAAGCAUCUUAUGAAUUCCGUGUACUUGCAAGAAAUUCAGCAGGUUCUAUUAGUAACCCAUCAGAUCCAUCAGACCCAAUUAUUUGCAAAGAUGACAUUAAAGAACCAAGAAUUAUGGUUGAUGCUAAAUUUAAAGAUAUUGUCCUUGUCAAAGCCGGAGAACUGUUCAAACUUGAAGCUGAUGUUGCAGGCCAGCCAUUACCAUCCAUGGUUUGGACAAAAGAUGGAAAAGAUGUUGAAAACACAUAUAAACUACAGAUUAAAAUGACAGAAAUGACAUCAGUCUUGAUCAACAAGGAUUCUGUCAGAAGGGAUGGCGGUGAGUUUAUUCUGACAGCAACAAACAUUGGUGGCUUUGUUAAGCAUGUUUUCAAUGUGAAGGUUCUUGAUAGACCAGGACCACCUAGAGGACCUCUGGCAGUUUCUGAUGUUACAGCCGAAAAGUGUGUGCUCACAUGGAAUCCACCUACAGAUGAUGGCGGUGCAAACAUUGAACACUAUGUUAUUGAAAAACGUGAGUCAAGCAGACUUGCUUGGACAAAUGUGGCAUCCGAAUUGCGGGUUAAUCAGUACCAAGCAACAAGGUUGCUCAAAGGAAAUGAAUACAUUUUCAGAGUUAUGGCUGUUAACAAGUAUGGUGUUGGAGAACCUCUUGAGUCUGAAGCAAUAAUUGCAGAAAAUCCAUAUGUACCACCAGAUCCUCCACAAACACCUGAGAUAACAGCAGUCACUAAAGAUUCAGCAGUUCUCUGUUGGGGUGCACCAGCUAGCAAUGGGGGAAGUGAAAUCACCAACUAUCGCAUUGAGAAAAGAGACAGGAUUAGUUUGCGCUGGGUAAAAUGCAACAAGAAGAAUGUUACUGACUUGCAUUUCAAGGUUACUGCUCUUGUUCCAGGCCAUGAAUAUGAAUUCAGAGUUUUUGCUGAAAAUGCAGCAGGAAUAAGUGAACCCAGUCCUUCAUCACCAUUUGUCAAGGCCACAGAUAGUCUUUUCAAACCAGGUCCACCUGGCAAUCCAAGAAUCCUGGACACAACAAGUUCUUCCAUCACGCUUGCAUGGAACAAACCAGUUUAUGAUGGUGGUUCUGAAAUUACUGGCUAUAUUGUUGAGACCUGUCUCCCUGGAACUGAAGAGGAGGAAUGGACAAUUGUCUCUCCUAAAGAUGGUGUAAAAGGAACAUCAUUUACAAUUAAAAAUCUUAAAGAAAAUCAGGAAUACAAAAUCAAUGUGUCAGCUUUAAAUAGCGAGGGUAUUGGAGAUGUAGCACCUGUACCAGGUUCACCCAAAGCUGAGGAACGACUCAUACCACCAGAGGCUGACCUUGAUGCUGAACUUCGUAAGAUUGUGAGCAUCAGAGCUUGCAAUACAUUAAGACUUUUUGUGCCAAUUAGAGGUAGACCAACACCGGAGGCCAAAUGGUCAAGAGAGAAUGAUGAGCCUUUAGACAGAGCUACCAUUGAAACUACAUCAUCUUUUACAUCACUGGUUAUUGGAAAUGUGAAUAGAUUUGACAGUGGCAAAUACAAUUUGACUGUAGAAAAUAGCUCUGGAACAAAGACAGUCUCUGUGAUAGUUAGAGUUCUAGAUACACCUGGAGCACCACAAAACUUUAAAAUAAGUCAGAUUACUAAAGAAUCUGUUUCACUUGUUUGGGAUCCUCCACUUAACGAUGGUGGCACAAAAAUUAAGAAUUACAUUGUUGAGAAGCGUGAGGCUACAAGAAAGGCAUAUGCUACAGUAAAUGCCAAUUGUCACAAAACUACUUGGACAGUUGACCAGCUCCAAGAAGGAUGCAACUACUACUUCAGAGUUCUAGCAGAAAAUGAAUAUGGCAUUGGUCUUCCUAUUGAGACCGGUGAAUCUGUUAAAGUGUCUGAGAAGCCACUUCCCCCUGGCAAGAUUACACUUCAGGAUGUCACAAAGAUGAGUGUAACAUUAUCAUGGGAAAAACCUGAACAUGAUGGAGGAAGUAGAGUGGUUGCAUAUGUUGUAGAGAUGCAGAGCAAAGGGAGUGAAAAAUGGACACAAGCUAUGAUUGUCAAGGUACCUGAAGCAGUUAUUACUGGACUUGCACCUGGUGAAGAGUAUAUGUUCCGUGUUUCUGCAAGAAAUGAAAAGGGAACCAGUGAUCCUCGUCAAAUUGGUGUGCCUGUGAUUGCAAAGGACCUUGUAAUUGCUCCAUCCGCUAAGAUGUUGUUCUCCACAUUCAGUGUCCUGGCAGGAGAGGAUUUGACAAUUGAUAUUCCAUAUAAUGCUCGUCCCAAAGCUGCCAUUUCAUGGCUAAAGGAAUGUGUUCCACUUAAACGAACAACCAGGGUUAACUUUUCCUCUACGGAUACACAGCUGAAUUUAGUAAUCAAAGAGGCCUGUAGAGAUGAUGUUGGCCAGUAUAAUGUCAAACUAUCAAAUACAGCUGGUGAGACAACAGUGGAUAUUGGAAUCGUUGUUCUUGACAAACCUGGUCCACCAACAGGCCCUGUUAAAGUUGAUAAAGUAACAUCCGACAGUGUUACCAUUUCUUGGAAGCCACCAGAGUAUGAUGGGGGCUGCACCAUUAAUAAUUACAUAGUAGAAAAGAAGGACACAUCAACAACUAAUUGGCAGGUUGUAGCAGCAAAUAUAGCAAGAACUCAAAUUAAGGCAGGAAGACUGAAGACAGGCUCUGAAUAUCAAUUUAGAAUUGCAGCAGAGAACAGAUAUGGAAAAAGCUCUCUGCUCGUGUCUGAAUGUGUUGUUGCACAGUAUCCUUACAAACUACCGGGCCCUCCUGGAACACCUUUCUUGCAGUCUUCCACAAAAGAUAGUAUGGUGAUAGUGUGGAAUGAACCUGUCAUUGAUGGUGGAGCAACAAUCUUAGGAUAUCACCUUGAGAAAAAAGAGAGAAAUAGCAUUCUUUGGAUGAAAUUAAACAAAAGCCUAAUCCAAGACACAACUUUAAAGACCACAGGGCUUGAAGAAGGCAUGGAGUAUGAAUUCAGAGUUUAUGCUGAAAACAUUGUUGGCAUUGGGAAGGCUAGUAAGAUCUCUGAGGGCUAUGUUGCCAGAGAUCCUUGUGAUCCUCCUGGAACACCAGAAGCCGUUAGAAUCACAAAAGAUUCUAUUACAAUUGCAUGGACCAAGCCAGAGUAUGAUGGUGGAAGCAAAGUCACUGGAUAUAUUGUAGAAAAGAAGGAAUUACCUGCAGGACGCUGGAUGAAAGCAAACUUCACCAAUGUCAUAGAGACUGAGUAUACUGCAACAGGUCUUACAGAGGACCAGAAAUAUGAGCUCCGUGUCAUUGCAAGAAAUGCUGCUGGAGUUUUCAGUGAUCCUUCAUAUAGUACUGGACCUAUCAUGGCAAAGGAUGAGAUUGAACCACCACGUAUCAGCAUAGAUCCAGAGUACACUCAAACAAUUGUUGUAAAUGCAGGAGACAACUUCAAGAUUGAUGCAGAUGUUCAUGGAAAACCAAUACCAGCAAUUUGUUGGAUGAAGGGUGAGCAAGAACUUGGAAACACCAUAUAUCGUGAAAUUAAAAGCACAAAUAACUAUUCCUGUUUGACUGUAAAGGAGGCCAAACUUGCUGAUGGAGGUCAAUAUACUCUACUGCUGCAAAAUCCAGGAGGAGAGAAAGCUGUGCAAGUCAAUAUAUGUGUCCUGGAUAAGCCUGGACCACCUGAGGGACCCAUCUCUAUCACAGGUGUAACCAGUGAGCAGUGCUGCCUUGCUUGGAAUCCACCUAAACAAGAUGGUGGCAGCAAGAUCAGUCAUUAUAUUGUUGAAAAAAGAGAGACUAGCAGACUGCUUUGGACAGUUGUUGAACCCAAAGUCCAAGCUGUAAAUCUUAAAAUAACAAAACUCCUAGAAGGAAAUGAAUAUAUCUUCAGAGUUUUUCCAGUGAACAAAUUUGGUGUUGGUGAGCCCCUCCAAUCAAGUGCAGUUGUUAUCAAGAAUCCAUUUACACCCGCAGAUGCACCAAAAGGAGUAGAAGUUUAUAAUGUCAAGAAAGAUUCAAUGGUAUUAACCUGGGAGGCCCCAACAAAUGAUGGGGGUACUCCUAUCACUGGUUAUAUUAUUGAGAAACAUGACAAGGAAGGCAUUAGAUGGACCAGAUGCAACAUGAAAACAGUUACUAACCUCACAUUUAAAGUUACUGGACUCAUGGAGAAGCAUCUAUAUGAAUUCAGAGUUUCUGCUGAGAAUACUGCUGGAGUUAGUGAGGCAAGUUCUGCAACUGUAUUCUAUAAAGCCCUGGAUCCUGUAUUCAAGCCAGGUCCUCCCCAUAAUCCAAAAGUGUUAGAUAUGACAAAAUCAUCUGUUGCACUUGCAUGGGGAAAGCCUAUUUAUGAUGGUGGCUGUGAAGUCCAGGGAUAUAUUGUUGAAGCAUGUGAAGUAAAAGCAGUCAUUGAGGAGGUAAAGACUCCAAUAGAAGAAGGAAAGGCUGCAGGUGAAUCAGCAGUUGCCGAAGAAUGGACAAUGUGCACUCCACCAACAGGUGUUAAACUCACACGCUUUACUGUGGAAAAUCUGAAAGAAAAACAGGAAUACAAAUUCAGGGUUUGUGCCGUUAACAAGGUUGGUGUUGGGGAGCAUGCUGAUGUCACCGGGCCCAUUCUGCCAGAGGACAAAACAGAGGAUCCAGAUCUUGAUAUUGAUGCUGAGUUUAGAAAGCUUGUACGUAUUAAAGCUGGAGGUUCUCUUAGGAUGUUCAUCCCUUUCAAAGGAAGACCAACCCCACAAAUCAAAUGGGAAAAAGAUGGUGAGCAGAUUAAGGAAACAGCACAGACUGAGACCACCAGCAGUCACACUUCUCUUGUUAUUGAUAAAGUCAACAGGGCAGACAGUGGUAAAUAUAUUGUGACUGCAGAAAACUCUGCGGGUGCAAAAUCUGAAACAAUUAUUGUGAAAGUCCUUGACACUCCAAGCGCUCCACUCAACUUCAAAGUGAAAGAAAUUACAAAGGAAUCUGUUACUCUUACAUGGGAGCCUCCAUUUUUAGAUGGUGGAGCAAAAAUAAAAAAUUACAUUGUUGAGAAACGUGAGAGUACAAGAAAAACAUUCUCUGCCGUUGUAACAAAUUGCCACAAACUCUCAUGGAAAGUUGAACCACUUCAAGAAGGUUGCAGUUACUAUUUCAGAGUGCUUGCAGAAAAUGAAUAUGGUGUAGGGCUACCUGCAGAUAUCACAGAUCCUUUGAAGGUUUCAGAGGUCCCACAGUGUCCUGGAAAAUUAAGUGUUGUAGAUGUUACUAAAACAAGUGUGUCUCUUUCUUGGGAAAAGCCAGUUCAUGAUGGUGGCAGUAGAAUACUUCAAUACCUCGUUGAAAUGCAGGUCAAGGGUAAUGAUAAAUGGUCUGGUUGUGCCAACGUAAAAACAUUGGAAGCUGUAAUCAAAAAUUUGAACCCUGGAGAGGAGUACACUUUUAGAGUAGUUGCAGUCAAUGACAAAGGAAAGAGUGACCCAAGAACACUUGCUGUCCCUGUGGAAGCAAAAGACCUUGUCUUUGGGCCUGAUGCGAGACCUGCAUUUAGCAACUACAGUGUUCUUGUUGGAAAGGACCUUCAAGUUGAAAUCCCAGUUUCUGGUCGUCCAAAGCCAAAAAUCACAUGGACAAAGGAUGGUGCAGCCCUGAAAUUCACAACAAGGGUUAACAUUUCUAAUACAGCACACACCACUGUUCUUAACAUCAAAGAAGCAGCAAGAGAAGAUGGCGGAAUGUAUGGAAUAAAUGUGUCCAAUAUUGUUGGACAAAAGGAUGCAACCAUUGAAAUCAUCACUCUUGAUAAACCUGGCCCACCAACUGGCCCUGUGCGAUUUGAUGAGAUAACUGUGUCAACUGUUACAUUGUCAUGGGAUCCUCCAAAGUAUACUGGUGGUUGCCCAAUUUCAAAUUACAUUGUGCAAAAGAGAGACACAACUACUACAACAUGGGAGAACGUUGCAAUUUCAUUGGCAAGAACAACACUUAAAGUACAACGACUGAAGACUGGAUCUGAAUAUCAAUUCAGAAUCAUUGCUCAAAACAGGUAUGGCAAGAGCUAUGCUUUGGACUCUUCAGCUGUUGUUGCUCAGUACCCAUACAGAGAACCAGGACCUCCAGGAACUCCAUUUGUGUCAUGCCUAUCAAAGGACCAUAUGGUUGUUGAGUGGCAUGAGCCAGUUUCAGAUGGAGGCAGUAACAUUAUUGGAUAUCAUCUUGAAAGGAAGGAGAGAAACAGCAUUCUUUGGACAAAGAUAAAUAAGACACUGAUUCAAGAAACAAGAUUCAAAACCAGUCCUUUAGAGGAAGGUAUCGAAUAUGAGUUCAGAGUCUAUGCUGAAAAUAUUGUUGGCAUUGGCAGAUGCAGCAAAAUCUCAGAGGGCUUCUUUGCUCGUGAUCCAUGUGAUCCUCCUGGAACCCCAGAAGCUGUCCAUGUGAGCAAAAAUUCCAUAACUAUCCAAUGGACAAAGCCAGAGUAUGAUGGUGGAAGUGUUAUCACUGGUUAUACUGUUGAGAAACGUGAUCUUCCAGAGGGACGCUGGAUGAAAGCAAGUUUCAUAAAUGUUAUUGAAACCAAUUUUACUGUCACUGGGCUGACAGAAGGUGCCAAGUACGACUUCAGGGUAAUCGCAAAGAAUGCGGUUGGAACUAUCAGCAAACCAUCAUAUAAUAGUGGACCAAUUGCUGCAUUGGAUGAGGUAGAGCCACCAAAGUUCUCAAUUGACCCAGAAUACACACAGACUCUUAAUGUGAAUGCAGGAGAUACAUUCAAACUUGAUGCUGAUGUCCAUGGUAAGCCAGUUCCCACAAUCCAGUGGUUUAAGAAUGACAAAGAGCUUGAAAACACAAUUAGAUGUGACAUCAAAUACACUGACAACAGAGCACUAAUUAUAGUAAAAGAUGCAGUCAGACAAGAUGGUGGAAACUACACUCUUCAGCUCACUAAUAUUGCUGGCUCUCAGAAUGUUCAAUUCAAUGUGAAAGUGCUUGAUAAACCAGGCCCACCAGAUGGUCUUCAUGUCAGAGGUGUGUCCAGUGAUAAAUGCACACUAAUAUGGCGUGCUCCACUUGAUGAUGGAGGAAACACUAUAACUCAUUACAUUAUUGAGAGACGUGAGACAAGUCGACUUGCUUGGACUGUGGUCUGUAAUGACUGCAAAACAACAACAUACAAAGUGACAAAGCUCCUUGAAGGUAAUGAAUAUAUAUUCCGUGUCAUGGCUGCCAACAGUUAUGGUGUUGGUGAGCCAAUUAGCGCACCAUCUGUAAUAAUGAAAGAUCCAUUUAGUCACCCUGGAUCACCACAAAUUAUUGAGGUAACAAAUAUUGCAAAGGACUCCAUGACUGUUUGCUGGAGUGCACCAGAUACUGAUGGUGGAAGUGAAAUUCUUGGAUACAUAAUUGAGAAGAGAGACCGGUCUGGAAUUAGAUGGACAAGAUGCAACAGACAAAAAGUAACUGAUGUAUGCUUCAGAGUGCAUGGCCUCAUUGAGGAUCAUGAGUAUGAAUUCAGAGUGUCAUCUGAAAAUGCAGCUGGAAUUGGAGAACCAAGCUUGCCAACUUCAUACUACAAGGCUUGUGAUCCCAAAUACAAACCUGGCUCACCCAUGCAUGCACAUGUUGUUGAUACCACCAAGACUUCAAUUACAGUAGCAUGGGGAAAACCGCUUAAUGAUGGCAGAUGUGCAAUUCAAGGAUAUAUUGUUGAGAUCUGCAAAGCUGAAGAGGAAGAAUGGAUUAUGUGCACUCCCCCUACUGGCUUACGUGUCAACAAAUUUGAAAUCACUAAGCUAACAGAACAACAAGAAUAUAAGAUUCAAAUAUGUGCCAUUAAUAAAUUAGGUGUUGGAGAGCCUGCGGUUAUUGCAGGAACUUCCAAGCCUGAGGACAAGCUGGAGACCCCUGAAAUUCACCUUGAUUCAGAGCUGAGGAAAGGCAUUGUUGUCCGCGCUGGAGGAUCAGUAAGAAUCAAUGUACCAUUUAGAGGUAGACCAGUACCAGAUAUGAAAUGGACUAAAGAUGAAGGUGAAUUGUCAGAAAAGACAGUGCUUGAAAAGGGUCUUAACUUCACCCAGCUUUCAAUUGACUCAUGUGAUAGAAGGGACUCUGGAAAAUACACUGUGACUCUACAGAAUAGCAGUGGCUCUGUAUCUGAUUUUGUUGCUGUUAAGGUGUUAGAUACACCUGGAGCACCACUAAACCUUGUAGUUAAGGAUGUCAAGAAAGACUCUGUCACACUUGUUUGGGAACCACCACUUAUUGAUGGAGGAGCAAAGAUCAAGAAUUAUGUUAUUGACAAGCGUGAAUCCACAAGAAAGGCCUAUGCAAAUGUAACAACCAAGUGCAGCAAGACAACUUAUAAGGUGGAAAAUCUUGCAGAGGGAGCCAUGUAUUACUUCAGAGUUAUGGCUGAAAAUGAAUUUGGUGUUGGUUUGUCAGUUGAAACAAAAACUGCUUCAAAGGCAUCUGAAGUACCUCAGCCAGUUGGAAAGGUUAUGUUGACUGAUGUGACAAAAGUAAGCGCAUCGCUGGCCUGGGAAAAACCAGAGCAUGAUGGAGGUAGUAGGAUUGCAGGCUACUUGAUUGAAAUGCAGCCAAAGGGAACUGACAAAUGGGGUGUAGCAACAAAUGUAAAAACAUGUGAAGGAACAGUCACUGGACUAACUGGUGGUCAGGAAUAUUUGUUCCGUGUUCUGGCCUACAAUGAGAAAGGCAAAAGUGAGCCAAAGCCCCUUGCUGCUCCAGUUAUUGCCAAUGACCUCACAAUUGAACCAAGCUUCAAGUUGCAGUUCAAUACAUAUAGUGUCAAAUCUGGAAAGGAUUUAAAACUUGAAAUACCUCUUUUUGGACGUCCAAAACCAAAGAUCACUUGGUCAAAGGAUGGGCAGUCACUUAAAGUAACAUCGAGAAUUACUACUUCCAACACACCAACAUCGACAAUACUACAGGUAACUGAAGCCUGUAAAGAUGACCUUGGAAAGUAUGCAGUUACUGCAACAAACAGUGUUUGUUCAGUUACAGAAGAUAUCAGUAUUAUUAUCCUGGAUAAACCUGGUCCACCCACAGGACCAAUAAAAGUGAACGAAGUAAGCAACAUUUCUGUGUCCAUCUCAUGGGAACCUCCAGAGUAUACAGGGGGCUGCCAAGUAAAGCAUUACAUUGUUGAAAAGCGAGACAACACUGAAACUACUUGGCAAGUUGUGGCUGGAUCAGUUGCCAGGACAUCCCUCAAAAUUACCAAGCUGAAAACUGGUGCUGAGUAUCAGUUUAGAGUCAUUGCUGAGAACAGAUAUGGUAAGGGUGCUCCUUUAGAUUCAAAGUCCAUUGUUGUGCAGUAUCCUUACAAACCACCUGGGCCACCUGGUACUCCACAUGUGAAAUCUGCCACCAAGGAUCAAAUGACAAUUGAGUGGAAUGAACCAGUCAAUGAUGGUGGCAGUUCAGUGAUUGGAUACCACCUUGAAAGUAAAGAAAGAACAAGUAUUCUAUGGACAAAACUAAACAAAACCCUUAUCACUGAUACUCUUUUCAAAAUAUGCAAUCUUGAAGAAGGCAUUGGAUAUGAAUUCAGAGUAUAUGCUGAAAACAUUGUUGGUAUUGGCAGAGCAAGCAAAGUUUCAGAGAGCUUUGUUGCCCGUGACCCAUGUGAUCCCCCUGGAACGCCUGAGGCUGUUGCAAUAUCUAAGAACCACAUUAAGAUUCAGUGGACAAAGCCUCAGUAUGAUGGUGGCAGCAAAGUUACUGGAUAUAUUGUUGAAAGAAGAGAUUUGCCUGAGGGCCGAUGGAUGAGGGCAAACUUUACCAAUGUAAUUGAGACAGAAUUUACAAUCACAGGCUUAACAGUAAACAAUCAGUAUGAAUUUAGAGUAAUUGCAAGAAAUGCAGUGGGUGUCUUCAGUGAGCCUUCGGACAGCACUGGGACAAUUACUGCUACAGAUGAAAUUGAACCUCCUAGUGUUUCAAUGGAUCCUAAGUACAAGGAUGUCAUUGUUGUCAAUUCUGGAGACAACUUAGUUUUGGAUGCAGAUAUACAUGGAAAACCCACACCUGAUAUUCAAUGGCUAAAAGAAGGAAAGGAAAUGGAUAAGACACUGCGCAUUGAAGUAAGAAGUACACAAAAACAUGCUUCUAUUACAAUAAAAGACUGUACUAGAUUGGAUGGUGGACACUAUGACCUAAUUUUAAGCAACAGUGGUGGAACAAAAACAAUUCCAAUAACAGUAAAAGUUCUUGAUAGACCAGGUCCACCAGCUGGACCGCUACAAGUAGCUGGCAUCAUGUCUGAUAAAUGUCAUCUGUCCUGGUCUGAGCCAUCUCAGAAUGGAGGUGCUAAUAUUUCUCAUUACAUCCUUGAGAAAAGGGAAACUAGCAGGCUAUCAUGGACUGUUGUUGAUUCCAACAUUCCUACUGUGAGUUAUAAAGUGACCAAGCUCCUGUCUGGUGAUGAGUAUAUCUUUAGAGUUAUGGCUGUCAAUAAAUAUGGCAUUGGUGAACCUCUGGAAUCUGAGGCAAUUAUUGCAUGCAAUCCUUACAAGCCACCAAGUGCACCAUCAACACCAGAGGCAAGUGAGAUAACAAAGGAUUCAAUAACUUUGUCAUGGGGUGCCCCAGAGAGCAAUGGUGGAACAGAAAUUACAUGUUAUCACUUAGAGAAGCGUGACAAAGAUGGUGUAAGAUGGACAAAAUGCAACCGGCAGAAGCUUUCAGAUCUGCAUUUCAAAGUAACUGGUCUGUCAGAGGGACAUUUCUAUGAAUUCCGUGUGUCUGCUGAGAAUGAAGCUGGUGUGGGAGAAUCUAGUGACUUAUCACUGUUUUAUAGAGCAAUAAAUGCCACAACUCCCCCAGGUCCACCUCAUCACCCUAAAGUGACAGAUCACACAAACUCAUCUGUCUCUCUGUCUUGGGGAAAACCCGCUACAGAUGGUGGUUCAUAUAUUAAAGGUUAUAUUGUUGAGAUCAAAGAGAUUUCUUCAGAGGAAUGGAUCAUAUGCACACCUGCAGCUGGUAUUCAAGCAACACGCCUCACAGUUGAAAACCUGAAGGAAAAUGCUGAAUAUAACUUCCGUAUUUGUGCAAUUAAUUCUGAAGGCGUUGGUGAGCCUGCUGAUGUCCAUGGAUCGGUGACUGCAUCUGAAAAAAUUGAAGCACCUGAGAUUGAACUUGAUGCUGACCUCAGAAAAGUUGUCUCUGUUCGUGCAGGAGGAUCCCUUCGUCUUUUCAUUACAAUUAGAGGUCGACCUGAGCCAUCCGUCAAAUGGGAAAAGGAUGAUGGAACUCUAACUGAGCGUGCUCAGAUUGAGUCCACAAGUUCAUACACCAUGCUUGUAAUUGACAAUGUCAACCGAUUUGACAGUGGAAAAUAUGUCUUAACACUUGAGAAUAAGAGUGGCACAAAAUCUGCAUUCGUGAAUGUCAGGGUGCUUGAUACACCAAGUUCUCCACAGAAUUUUGAAGUGAAAGAUGUAAAGAAAGAUUCAGUGACUCUCUGCUGGGACCCACCACUUACAGAUGGCGGGGCUAAAAUAACCAAUUACGUGGUUGAGAAGAGAGAAUCUAUAAGAAAAGCUUAUACAACUGUCACAAGCAACUGCACACAGACCUCCUUUAAAGUUGAGGAAAUGCAGGAAGGAGGCAUUUUCUACUUCCGUGUGUGUGCUGUUAAUGAGUAUGGCUUUGGUGUGAUGGCAGGAACAAAGAAUCCUAUUAAGGUUGCACAGGUACCUAUGCCUCCAGGAAAAGUAACUAUUGUGGAUGUCACAAAGAAUAGUGUGACACUUACUUGGGUGAAGCCUGUCCAUGAUGGAGGCAGUAAAAUCAUCUGCUACAAUGUAGAGAUGCAAACCAAGACUAGUGACAAAUGGGGUGUAAGCUGCACAGUUAAGGUUCCAGAGGCUACUGUGAGCAACCUAACACCUGGUGAAACAUAUUCAUUCAGAGUUAUUGCAUUGAAUGAGAAAGGCAAGAGUGAGCCUCAAGAACUUGGUGUACCUGUUGUAGCUAAAGAUAUUGAAAUUGAACCCUCUGUUCAUCUGUUGUUUAAUACUUACAGUGUUAAAGCUGGAGCUGAUCUUACUGUGGAAGUUCCUGUGAGAGGCAGGCCUAAGCCAGUUGUCUCAUGGAAGAAGGAUGGCCUUCCUUUGAGGCAAACAACCUCUCUUUCAAUUGUCAACACUAUCGUGUCAAGCAAAAUUGUCAUCAAAGAAGCUGCUAUUGAACAUGUUGGUAAAUAUGAAUUCACUCUUGCUAAUACAGCAGGCACCAUGUCCACAGAUAUCGGCAUUGUUGUUCUUGAUAAACCUGGGCCACCAGCUUCAGUGAAGGUUGACGCUGUGACUUCUGACAGUAUUACAUUGUCAUGGGCCCCUCCAGAAUAUGAUGGUGGAUGCUCCAUCAAUAAUUAUAUUGUUGAGAAGAGAGAUACCAACACAACAGAGUGGCAGAUUGUUUCAACAAAUGUUGCCAGAACCUCAAUCAAGGUACCUCGAUUGACACAAGGUUCUGAGUACCAGUUCCGCAUCUAUGCAGUGAAUCGGUAUGGAAAGGGCAAGCCAAUUGACUCUCCAGGCAUUACUGCGGAGUACACAUUCAAACAGCCUGGCCCACCUUCUACGCCCCGUGUUGCUCAUGCCACCAAGGUCUUCAUGCUUGUCACAUGGAAUGAGCCAGUUAAUGAUGGUGGUAGCACAGUCCUUGGCUAUCAUUUAGAACGCAAGGAGAGAAGCAGUAUUCUUUGGACAAAGGUGAACAGGACACUCAUCAAGGAUACUGAAUUCAAAGUAACGGGUAUUGAGGCAGGUAUGAUGUAUGAAUUCCGGAUCUAUGCUGAAAAUAUUGCUGGAAUUGGCAAGGCAAGCAAAGCCAGCGAGGCCAUAGCUGCACGAGAUCCUUGUGAUCCUCCAGGUCAACCUGAGAUAACUAGCAUUACCAAAUCUUCUGUAUCUCUUUCUUGGACAAAGCCUGAAUAUGAUGGUGGAGCCAAAGUCACUGGUUACAUAAUUGAACGUAGAGAUCUCCCAGAGGGUCGCUGGAUAAGAUGCAAUUUUACCAAUGUUGUAGAGACUUACUUUGAUGUUACUGGCCUUACAUUGGAUGAGCAAUAUGAUUUCCGUGUUAUUGCAAAGAAUGCUGCUGGACUAUUCAGUGAGCCAUCCUACAACACUGGUCCUAUUACAGUUAAAGAUAAUGUAGAUCCACCACGCAUUAUGAUGGAUGUCAAGUUCAGAGAUGUUGUGGUGGUAAAAUCUGGGGAAACCCUGAAGAUUAAUGCUGACAUUGCAGGGCGCCCUCUUCCAGUUGCAGCUUGGUCAAAAGAUGGACAUGCAAUUGAACACAAGGCAAGAAUUCAGAUAACUGGAUCAGAUACUAGUACUAUGAUAUUAAUUAAAGACUGCAAAAGGAGUGACUCUGGGCAGUAUGCUUUGACAUUGCAGAAUGUUGCAGGAAGUGUCACAACACCAGUAAACUGUGUUAUUCUUGAUAAACCAGGACCUUCAGCAGGGCCAUUGUCAGUAACGGGCCUCACAGCAGAGGAGUGCACAUUGUCAUGGGGACCACCGCAAGAAAUUGGUGGCUCUGAAAUAAUGCAUUAUGUUAUUCAGAAAAGAGAGACCAGCCGACUGGCAUGGACACUUGUACAUGGAGAGGUCAAAACCACAACAUUUAAGGUCACUAAGCUCCUGAAAGGAAAUGAGUACAUAUUCAGAGUAUUAGCUGUCAACAAGUUUGGACUUGGUGAAGCCCUUGAAAGUGAAAUUGUCAAGGUCAAUGAUCCAUACACUAUCCCAACAGCCCCAUCAAAUGUUGAAAUUACAAGUGUAACCAGUGAGGAAAUUAAUCUAACUUGGACAAAGCCUGCAUCUGAUGGAGGCAGUGAGAUCCUUGGAUAUAUAAUUGAAAGGCGAGAGAAAUCUGGUCUUCACUGGGUUCGUGUGAACAGGGAGCUUGUGACAGACCUAACAGCUGUGAUAUCAAAAGUAAGAAGAGGAUGUGAAUAUGAGUUUAGAGUUUAUGCUGAAAAUGCGGCAGGUUUAGGUCCAGCCAGUGACCCAUCUCCUUCAGCAAGAGCAGAGGAUGAGCUUUUGGUGCCAUCCCCACCAACUAAACCAAGGAUUCUGGAUCAUACCAAGAAUUCUAUCACUAUUGCCUGGAAAAAGCCAUUAUCUGACGGUGGUGCACAGAUCCUAGGAUACACUGUAGAAUAUAAGAAAUCUGAGGAUGAGGAAUGGAUAGUGGCUAUUCAGAUGACAAAGAGCAAUGAAUUCACCAUUUCUGGUCUUGCAGCUGAUGUAGAGUAUGUAUUUGCUGUUAAAGCAAUCAACAAAGUUGGUGUCAGUGAGCAGUCACCUGUCUCUGAGCCCCAGUCAGCAACUGAGAGAAAGGAGGAACCUGAGUUUGACGUUGACAUUGAGAUGCGAAAGACUUUAUUAGUCAAGCAUGGCAAUUCGUUCACUUUAACGGCACCAUUUAAGGGAAAGCCAGUUCCUUCAAUUACGUGGAAUAAAGAGGAAAUUGAUCUGAAAGCAAGGGCAAGCAUAGAAACAACGGAAACAUACACAUCUAUUACUAUUGAGAAAGCAACAAGAAAUGACUCUGGACAAUACAUUGUUACUUUGGACAAUGGUGUUGGAACUGCAUCUUUGCCCAUGGUGGUCAAAGUCCUUGAUACCCCAGGACCACCAACUAACGUGAAGAUUACAGAAGUCACAAAAGACUCUGCUACAGUUACUUGGGCACCUCCAGAGAAUGAUGGAGGAGAUGCUGUUAAGGCUUAUCAUGUUGAGAAACGUGAAGCAAGCAAAAAGGCCUGGGUAUGUGUAACAAGCAACUGUCACAGUCUAACAUACAAGGUUGAAGACUUGUUAGAAGGUGCAAUGUACUACUUCAGAGUUACUGGAGAAAAUGAGUUUGGGACAGGUGUACCAACUGAAACUAAAGAUGGAACCAAGAUCACAGAAAAACCAAGUCCACCUGCUAGACUCGGCGUUACUGCAGUAACAAAGAAUAGCAUCACCAUUGCAUGGUCAAAGCCAGAGCAUGAUGGUGGAAGCCGAAUUACAAGCUACCUCAUUGAUGCCCUUGAAAAAGGACAACAGAAGUGGGUUAAAUGUGCCAAUGUUAAAUCCAACACCCACAUAAUUAAGGGCCUGAGGGAAAAUGCAGAAUACUUGUUCAGAGUUCGCGCUGAGAAUCACGCUGGACUCAGUGAACCAAAAGAAAUGAUAAUCCCUGUGGUUGUGAAAGAUCAGUUGGAUGCCCCUGAGUUUGAUAUAAAGAACUUCCCACACAACACUGUUUAUGUGAGAGCAGGAUCAAAUCUUAAAUUUGAGCUUCCUCUCUCUGGUAAACCAAUGCCAAAGGUCACAAUGACAAGAGGCAAUGUUCCAGUUAAGUGCGGCAAAAGAUUCAGCUUUGAAGUAACCCCUGAAAGCCUUAAUGUCAACCUCAAGGAAAGUAUUGCAAGUGAUGCUGGAAGAUAUGACAUUGUCGCCUCAAACACAAGUGGAACAACCAAGAUGUUUGUAAACAUACUGGUCCUGGACAGACCAGGUCCUCCAGUUGGUCCUGUUGAAGUUAGUGGUGUGGGAGAGACAAGCUUGUGUCUCAAAUGGCUCCCACCUCUGUAUGAUGGUGGCAGUCCUGUCACGAACUAUGUUGUUCUUAAACGUGAAACAAGUACUCCAGCCUGGACAGAAGUGUCAUCCACAAUUGCAAGAAGUGCUAUUAAAGUCACCAAACUUACAAAGGGAGAAGGAUACCAGUUCAGGGUUAAAGCUGAGAAUCGCUUUGGCAUCAGUGACCAUAUUGAUUCUCAGUCAGUUACAGUUAAGCUUCCAUACACUAUUCCUGGUCCACCAUCAACACCAUGGCUGAGCUAUGUGUCAAGGGAAAGCCUCACUGUUUGCUGGAAUGACCCAGUAGUAGAUGGUGGAAGCUCGGUAUUUGGAUACCACAUCCAAAUGAAAGAAAGAAGCAGCAUCCUUUGGCAGACGGUGAACAAAAUAGCAAUCCCUGCAACUCAAAUUAGAGUGACAAAUAUAUGUCCUGGAAUGAUUUACGAAUUCAAAGUAGCUGCAGAAAAUGCAGCUGGUAUUGGAAAGUUCAGCAAGACAUCAGAUGAAGUGCUGGCGAUCGAUGCCUGUGAACCACCGGCAAAUGUGAGAAUUUCUGAGGUUACAAAAAAUUCAGUAAGCCUUGUGUGGCAGAAGCCUCCAUUUGAUGGUGGAAGCAAAAUCACUGGCUACAUGGUUGAGCGAAGAGAUGCUCCAAAUGGCAGAUGGACAAAGGCAAACUUUACCAAUGUCAUUGAUACUAAUUUCACUGUGUCAGGCUUGACUCAGGAUCAGUCAUAUGAAUUUAGGAUUUUCGCCAAAAAUGUAGUUGGCUCAGUUAGCAACCCAUCUCUAAUUGCAGGACCAGUAACUUGUGUUGACAUUUCUGGUGCUCCAGUAAUUGACCUGCCCCCAGAGUAUUUGGAUGUUGUGCAAUACAAAGCUGGUGCAUCAUUCAAAAUCAAAUUGGGAAUAUUUGCUAAACCCUUGCCAACUAUUGAAUGGCUUAAAGACGAAAAGGAAUUAGUGUCAAGCGCACAUCUGUCAAUUGAGAACACAACUGACUCAUCAGCCAUCAUCAUUAAAGAUUCUACUCGUCGUAAUACUGGAACCUAUGAGCUCAAAAUCAAGAAUGUGUUUGGCACAGCAUCUGCUUCUAUCAGAAUACAGAUUUUAGACAAACCUGGACCUCCAGCUGGACACAUUGAAUUCAAAACUGUCACUGCUGACAAGAUAACAAUUGCAUGGGAACCAGUGACUGAUGAAGGAGGUGCCAAAGUAACUCAUUACAUUGUAGAAAAACGAGAGACAAGUAGAGUAGUGUGGUCUACAGUUUCUGAGGCAAUGGAAGCACGUACUGUUACUGUCCAAAAGUUGGCCAGAGGAAAUGAAUAUGUAUUCCGUGUCAGAGGUGCUAACAAAUUUGGAGCUGGAGAUCCUCUGGAGUCUGAGCCUGUUAUUGCCAAAAAUGCAUUCGUUACUCCUGGACAACCUUCUACACCUGAAGCAACAGAUAUCACCAGAACAUCAAUGCAGAUCAUUUGGAAUAAACCUAGUGUAGAUGGUGGUAGCAUGGUUACAGGAUACUAUUUGGAGAGACGUGACAAGAAGAGUCUGCGCUGGGUAAAAGUGUACAAGGACCCCAUUAGUGAUACAAAAUCAAAGGUCCAUCAUCUUACAGAAGGAAAUGAAUAUCAGUAUCGUGUAUGUGCAAUCAAUAAAGCUGGGGAAGGUCCAUACACAGAUGUUUCUGACUUCUACAAAGCUGCUGAUCCAGUUGACCCACCAUAUGAACCAACUAAACUGAAGGUGGUUGACUCAACUAAAACAUCAAUCACACUUGGAUGGUCAAAGCCAGAGUAUGAUGGAGGCAGUGAAAUCACCAGCUAUGUUGUAGAAAAAAGAGUUGGCAAAGAAGGGGAAUGGACAGUGAUUAGCCAUAAGGGAGAAGUGAGAACUACAGAGUAUGUAGCUUCAGAUCUUAAACCAGAUAUGGACUACUACUUCCGUGUAUCUGCUGUUAAUUGUGCUGGCCGUGGAGACCCAAUAGAAAUGGAAGAGCCAGUACAAGCCAAGGAUAUUCUUGAGGAAGCCCAGGUUGAUACAGAUGUUGCAAUGAGAACUCACUACAUUGUGAAAGCUGGUAAAGAUGUUGAAAUCAUGGUUCCCCUCAAAGGCAGACCUGCUCCAAGCAUCUCUUGGAAAAAGAAAGACCAGAACAUUGACAAUGAUCCUAAAUACGACAUUCACAACACAGACUCUUCAUCAUGUCUCAUAAUUACACAAGUAACUCGAAGUGACACAAGUAAAUAUACCAUUAAUAUAUCAAAUGGUGUAGGAGAACCAAAGACACUAACUGUGUCUGUUAAAGUACAGGACACUCCAGCUGCUUGUAGGAAUUUGAUCUUGAAAGAUGUCACUCGUGGAAAAGUUACUCUUUGUUGGGAGCCCCCUCUACUGGAUGGUGGUGCUGAAAUUACCAAUUAUGUUGUUGAGAAAAGAGACUCUUCAAAGCGUACAUAUGCCUGUGUAACAAGUAAAUGCAAAGAAACCACAUGUGUAAUUGAAGAACUCUCUGAGAAGGCAUUGUUCUUCUUCCGUGUAUUAGCAGAAAAUGAGAAUGGAGUUGGAGAUCCAUGUGAUACAGCAGAGCCGAUUAAAGCCACUGAGACCCCUGGUCCAGUAAAAGACCUUUCUAUGAAAGACUCCACCAAGACUUCAGUAACACUACAAUGGAACAAACCAGAUUAUGAUGGUGGUAGCAUCAUUACAGACUACAUAAUUGAACAAAAACUCCAAGGUCAAGAAGAAUGGGCUCCUGCUGGCACAAACAAGCACUGUGAACAUGAAGUUAAAAAGCUUAAGGAACUCACUGAAAUGUUUUUCAGAGUUAGCUCCAAGAAUGAAAAGGGUACUAGUGACUUUGUUGAAAUUGGGCCAAUUAAAGUAAAGGACUACAUUAUUCCACCAGAAGCAAACCUUGAAGAGUAUCCUGGUGGACAGAUCAGUGUGCGUUUGGGACACAAUGUACACAUUGAAUUGCCAUACAAGGGUAAGCCGAGACCAACCAUUCUUUGGUUAAAGGACAACUUACCACUGAAGGAGAGUGAAAAGGUCCGCUUCAAGAAGACUGAAAACAAGGCCACUCUUAUGAUAAAAAAUGUGGUGAAAGAGAAUGGAGGCAAAUACACACUUACUCUUGACAACACAUUCUUCAGAAAAUCAUUUCACGUACAUGUUAUUACCCUUGGACCACCCUCUAAACCUAUUGGACCUAUCCGCUUAGAUGAGGUCAGAGCAGAAAGUAUCGCUAUAUCUUGGGAUGAACCAAAUGAUAAUGGAGGUGGAGAAAUCACUUGCUACACUGUUGAGAAACAUGACACAUCUCAGACAGACUGGAAAAUGGCUUGUUCAAGUGUAACUGGAACAUCGUUUAAGGUCCCCAACCUGAUCAAGGGUAUUCAAUAUCAGUUCAGAGUCUGUGCUGAAAAUAGAUAUGGUGCAAGUGAACCUUCGGUUUCACAAAAUGUCAUUGCCAAGCAUGAGUUCAGACCACCCGGCCCACCAGGCAUUCCAGUGGUUUACAAUGUUACAAACGAUGGCAUGACUAUUCAGUGGGAUGAACCAGUCUUUGAUGGAGGUUGUCCAGUCCUUGGGUUCCAUGUUGAAAAGAAGGAGAAGAACAGCAUAAUGUGGCAAAAAGUCAACACAGUUUUAGUGAAAGAAAGGGAGUACAGGAUUCUUGGUCUUAUUGAAGGCUUGGAAUACCAGUUCAGAGUCUACGCCCAGAAUGAUGCUGGAUAUAGUCGCAUGGGUGAUGCAAGCAAACCUAUUAUGGCUGUUUCUCCAGUUGAUCCUCCUGGUACCCCUGACUAUGUUGAUGUAACAAGUGAAUCAGUUCAACUUAAAUGGGAAGCACCCAAGCAUGAUGGUGGAAGCAAAAUUGUUGCCUAUAAUGUGGAGAAACGGCAGGGCAAAGGACGGUGGUUGAAGAGCAAUUUUACAAAUGUGACUGACACAGAAUUUACAGUGACUGGUCUUGCUUGCGGUGAACGCUAUGAAUUUAGAGUCAUAGCAAGAAAUGCUAUCGGCACAGUGAGCCCACCCUCUCAGUCUUCUGGUUAUGUCGUCAUCAGAGAUGAGAGCUUUCCUCCAAACAUUCAGUUUGGCCAAGAGUACUUUGAGGGAGUCUCUAUUAAAGCUGGAGAAAACAUCAGGCUCAAAGUUGCUAUCACUGGAAGACCAACACCAAAAGUUACCUGGUUCAGGGAUAAUAUUGAAUUAACCAAGAAAAUGGUUGAUAUCACAACAGUUUCUGGAUCAAGUACCCUCUUUAUAAGAGAUGCUGACCGUAGAAACCGUGGUCUUUAUACUGUGGAAGCCACAAAUCCCUUAGGAAGUAAAAAAGAAUCAAUGAAAGUUGAAGUCUUUGAUACACCCGGAGAGCCUGUUGGUCCAGUCACAUUCUCAGAUAUCUCUGAGGGCAAAGUAACACUUUCAUGGAAUCCACCUGAGAAUGAUGGCUGUUCUGAGGUCACUCAUUACAUUGUUGAGAAGCGUGAAACUUCGAAACUUUCAUGGGCACUUGUCACAGAUGAGUGCUUGGGAUGCACAUACACUUCCACCAAACUGAUCAAGACAAACGAGUACCAGUUCCGUGUUUCUGCAGUCAAUAGGUUUGGUGUUAGCAGACCACUGGAUUCAGCUCCUGUGAUUGCACAGAUGCAAUACAGUGUUCCAGAUUCUCCUGGAACUCCAGAUGCAACAGAUGUCGAUGGAGAAAGUAUCACAAUCAACUGGGCUCCUCCAACACAUGAUGGUGGAAACCCAAUAAAAUAUUACAUUGUGGAAAGGCGUGAAAAGAAGACUGGUCGUUGGCUGAAAGUCCUAACAAGGAAACCCAUUGUUGAGGCUGCACACAGAGUGACUCAUCUAACUGAGAAUGUGGAGUAUGAAUUCCGUGUGUAUGCUGUAAAUGAUGCUGGAAUUGGAGCACCAAGCAACAUUUCAAUGGCAAUUAAAUGUACUGAGCCAACAGAAGAACCUGAUGCCCCAUCUAUUGUCAAUGUGACUGACACUACCAAUACGUCUGUCAGCUUGGAAUGGACCAGACCUGCCUAUGAUGGUGGAAUGGAAAUCCAUGGCUACAUUAUUGAAAUGUGCAAGGGAUCCGAAGAGGAAUGGCGCAGAGUCAAUGAGGAUCUUUGUGCUGUCACAAAAUACACUGUCAUUGGUUUGGAAACCACGGCAGAGUACAAGUUCCGUAUUUGUGCAGUCAAUUCUGUUGGAAAGGGCGAAGCCAAAGAAAUAUCUGAGUCUGUACAGGCAGUAGACAGGUUCUUGGCACCAGAAAUUGACAUAGAUGCAUCCUUUAAACAGACACAUAUUGUAAAAAGUGGAGGAAGUGUAUGUAUCCAUAUUGCCUUUAAGGGAAAGCCAACACCUACAGCUUCAUGGACAAAAGUGGAUGGAGAACUUGGUGUUAUGACAGACAUCGCCACUACUGAGACAUUCACGGCUUUGACACUGGAAAAUUGCACUAGAAAUGAUACUGGAAAAUACACUCUCACUCUUGAGAACAGUAGUGGCAAUAAAUCUAUUACUAUUGCAGUCAAAGUGUUAGACACACCUGGUGUACCAGGGGCUCUCUCCAUCAAGGAAGUAACGAGAGGAGCUCUCACAAUUGCUUGGGAACCUCCUAUCAACGAUGGUGGUGCACGUGUUCAUCAUUACAUUGUUGAGAAACGUGAGGCUAGCCGUCGUACAUGGACAGAGGCAGCACCCAAGACCACUCAAACAAGCCUGAGAAUUUCUGAUCUCCUGGAAGGUGUACCUUAUUUCUUUAAAGUCAUGGCUGAGAAUCAGUAUGGUCUUGGUGAAGCAUAUGAAAUGCCGGACCCAGUUAUUGCCACAGCUGAACCUUCUGCACCGAAGAGAGUUGAUAUUAUUGAUACAACUGACACAUCAGCAACCCUGGCCUGGCUCAAGCCGGAGCAUGAUGGAGGAAGCCGUAUCACAGGCUACUGUGUGGAGUCAAAGGCUAAAGACUCAGAUAAAUGGGUUGUUUGUGGCACAACGAAAAACCUAAGCCUUGUAAUUGAAGGACUUAUAGAAAACAGUGAGUAUGAAUUCCGUGUAAAGGCAAAGAAUGAUGCUGGGUUCAGUGUGCCAAGGGAAGCUUUCUCCUCAGUCAUCAUUAAAGAGCCACGAAUUGAACCUACCGCCGACCUCAGUGGCAUCACCAACCAACUCAUUAUUAGCAGGAUUGGUGAAUUGUUUGAGAUUGAUGUUCCAAUUAGUGGAAGACCUGCUCCAAAGGUAUCCUGGAAGCUUGAGGAAAUGAAGCUAAAAGAAACUGACAGGGUGUCAAUCAAGACUACCAAAAACAGGACCACUCUCUCAGUUAAAGACAGCAUGAGAGGUGAUGGAGGCAGAUAUUUCCUAACUCUUGAGAAUGUCACAGGGUCAAAGACUUUCAGUGUCACUGUCAAUGUUAUUGGCAGACCAAGCCCUCCAGAGGGCCCUAUUGAGAUUUCCUCAAUUACAUCAGAGUCAUGCGUACUAUCAUGGAAUCCACCUGAGGAUGAUGGUGGAACAGACAUCACAAACUACAUUGUCGAGAAGCGUGAAUCUGGCUCCACUGCUUGGCAGCUUAUUAACUCAAGUGUAAAGCAAACUUCUUUCCAUGUUUCACAUCUAACUAAAUACAUGCAGUACACUUUCCGUGUCUGUGCUGAAAACCGUUUCGGUGUGAGCAAACCAACAGAAUCUGAGACGAUUGUUGCAGAGCAUCCAUUUGUUCCUUCAGGCCCUCCAACAAAACCAGAAGUGUUCUCUGUAACCGCCAACAGCAUGAGCAUUCGUUGGGAGGAACCAUACCAUGAUGGUGGCAGCAAGGUCACUGGAUACUGGAUCGAAAAGAAGGAGCGUAACACAAUUCUCUGGGUGAGAGAAAACAAGAUUCCCUGCUUUGAAUGCUACUACAGGGUGGAAGGCCUUGUUGAGGGUCUUGAAUAUCAGUUCAGAGUGUAUGCAAUGAAUAGUGCUGGCCUCAGCAAAGCAAGUGAAGCAUCAAAGAAAUCUGUGGCACAAAAUCCAGUUGAUCCUCCAGGAAAACCAGAAGUUACAAAUGUAUCAAGAUCAACAGUCUCAAUCAAGUGGUCUGUGCCUCUAAACGAUGGUGGAAGCCAAAUCACAGGCUACAUUGUUGAGCGAAAGCCAUAUACCGUCACUGGAGAAGGUCGCUGGCUUAAGUGUAACUACACUAAUGUUACUGACACAAAUUUCACUGUCACUGCACUGGGAGAAGGAGAGGAAUAUGAAUUCCGUGUCAUUGCUAAAAAUGCUAAUGGAGUAUUGAGCCAGCCAUCAGUUUCAACAGGACCAGUGACCUGCAAAGCAGAAUACACUCCUCCUAAAGCAGAGCUGGACAGCAAACUCCUUGUGGACACAGUUACUAUCAGAGCUGGAUCUGAUUUAGUGCUAGAUGCUGCUGUUGGUGGAAAACCUGAGCCAAAAGUAAGCUGGGCCAAGGGUACGAAAGAGCUAGAACUUUGUGAAAAAUAUUCUCUCCAGUACUCUAGUACCCGAGCUCUGGCAAUCAUCAAGUUCUGUGACAGAGAUGACACUGGGAAGUAUGUUCUGACAGUUAAGAAUGCUAGUGGAACAAAAACCGCUGAGGUCAAUGUUAAAGUGCUUGAUACACCUGGUCCUUGUCUGGAGAUUACAGUCAGCAAUGUAUCUGAGGAAAAAUGCACAGUGUCUUGGAAAGAGCCACUGGAGGAUGGUGGUGACCCAAUCACACAUUACAUUGUUGAAAGAAGAGAUACCAAUAGACUUACCUGGGUUAUCAUGGAGGCUGAAUGCAAAACCUUAACAUACGAAAUUAAAAGACUUUUCAAGAACAACGAAUAUAUAUUCCGUGUGAGAGGUGUGAACAAGUAUGGCUCUGGCGUGGUUGUACAGUCUACCCCCAUCUUUGCCAGAAAUUCAUUCACUGUCCCAUCACCCCCUGGGGCCCCAGAAAUCCUUGCAGUUGGAAAAGACUUUGCAACGAUCGAGUGGCUGAAGCCUGAGAGCGAUGGUGGCAGUGAAGUCACAAACUACUUAAUUGAGUUUCAUGAAAGAAAGAGUGUUAGAUGGAUCAAGGUUAACAGAGAUUCUAUUCUCAAGGACACAUCUUUCAAAGUCACUGGUCUCCAUGAAGGCAACAUUUACCAGUUCCGCAUUACAGCCAUGAAUGCAGCUGGAGAUAGUGAACCUAGUGAGGUGUCAAUGUAUGCAGUAUGUAGAGUACCAACCGGCACUUCAGGUCCACCCUCAAUUCCACGGGUUACUGACACACACAAAGAGAGUGUUAGUCUUGCUUGGACACGACCAGUUGAAGAUGGUGGUGCUGAUGUUAUUGGUUAUGUUCUUGAGAUGCAAGAAGCUGGUGCAGAGGAAUGGACAAAAGUGCAUGAAAAGAAUCUUAGAGUUACAGAACACAUAGUUACAGGCCUUUCUGCUGGCAAAAAGUACUGUUUCAGAGUUGCAGCAGUCAAUGUAAAUGGGAUCGGUGACGUCAGUGAUCCUUGUGCAGAGACUGAGCCUGUAGAAAGAAUUGAAAUUCCUGACCUUGAGCUGCCUGAUGAACUGACAAAGACAAUUUGUCUGAGAGCAGGAAGUUCUCUGCGCCUACAUAUUACUGUUACUGGUAGACCAAUCCCAACUGUAACCUGGAGCAAACCUGGUGUGGACCUCCAAAAUCGUGGCUUUAUUGAAGUGACCAAUACUGCCACAACUCUCAUUAUUGACAAGGUGCACCGCUAUGAUGCUGGUAGAUAUACAAUUGAAGCUUCCAAUUCUGCUGGGAAGAAGGAUGCAAGCAUCCUUGUGAAAAUCUAUGAUACACCUGGUCCACCUGGUCCAAUUAAGAUGAAAGAGCUCACAAAAGACUCUGCUCAUAUUACUUGGGAUGCUCCUGAGGUUGAUGGUGGAGCACCUGUCAACAAUUACAUCAUUGAAAGACGAGAGGCAUCAAUGAGAGCUUACAAAACGGUCACAUCAAAAUGCAGCAAGACAUCCUACAAAAUUGCUGGUCUGACAGAAGGAAUGCUGUAUUAUUUCAGAGUCUUACCAGAGAAUAUCUAUGGUGUUGGUGAACCUUGUGAGACAGGCGAUGUUGUGUUGGUGUGCGAAGUUCCACUGCCACCAGCCAAGCUUGAAGUUGUAGAUGUAACCAAAUCCAGUGUUUCACUUGCAUGGGAGAAACCUUUACAUGAUGGAGGCAGCAGACUCACUGGCUACAUUGUUGAGGCUUGUAAGGCUGGUACUGACAAGUGGAUGAAGGUGGCAACUUUGAAACUUACAGACUUUGAGUUCACUAUCGUGUCACUGAAUGAGAAUGAGCAGUACCUCUUCAGGGUACGUGCUGUCAACAGCAGAGGAGCUGGUGAGCCAAAAGAAACUGUGACAGCUGUGACAGUUCAAGAACAAAGAGUUAUGCCAAAGGUUGAUCUAUCAACUAUUCCACAAAAGAUGAUCAGUGUUUUGGCAGGCAAACCCCUUGAGCUUGACUUGCCAAUCAUAGGAAGACCACCACCAGUUUGCUCUUGGUUCUUCAAUGACAAUAGGAUAAAGAUUGUGGAGCGUGUGAAGAUGAAGUCAACUGGAAAAUUCUCUAAAUUAACUAUUCUUGACACCACCAUUGAUGACAGUGGACUGUAUACUCUAGAGGUGAAAAACGUAACAGGAGUAAUUACUGAAAACAUCAAAGUCAUCAUUCUUUCUAAACCUGAUGAGCCUCAAGGACCAAUUAGAUUAGAUGAAAUUGAUGCAACAUCAGUCACGAUAAGCUGGGAUCCACCUAUGAGAGAUGGUGGUGCACCAAUUAGCAACUAUGUGGUUGAACAACGUGAUGCUCAUCGCCCAGGAUGGGUACCUGUUUCAGAAUCAGUUAGCAGACCAACAUUCAAAUUUAACAGAUUGACAGAGGGCGAUGAAUAUGUGUUCCGGGUUGCAGCAACCAAUCGUUAUGGCACUGGGGAGUACUUACAGUCAGAAGUCGUGAUGUGCAAGAGCUCCAAAUCCAUUCCCGGGCCGCCUGGAAGACCCAUUGUCUUUGAUGUAUCACGUGAUGGCAUGACUGUUGCAUGGGAGCCACCAGAUGAGGAUGGAGGAUUAGAGGUGUCUGGCUACAUUAUUGAACGCAAGGAGGUCAGAGCUGACAGGUGGAUCCGUGCUAAUAAAAAUCCAGUAACAAUGACAAGAUACAGAUCCACUGGUUUAAUCGAAGGCCUGGAAUAUGAGCACAGAGUGACAGCCGUCAAUGCUCGUGGUGUUGGCAAACCUAGCCUUCUUUCUAAACCAGCAGUAGCAAAUGAUCCAGUUGAUCCACCUGGAUCACCUCAAAACCCACGAGUCACAGAUACCACAAAAUCGUCUGUGUCUUUGGCCUGGAGUCCUCCAGAUGAGGAGGGUGGUGCUAAGGUUACAGGCUAUCUAAUUGAGAUGCAAAAAAUUGGUUCAGUAACCUGGAUGAAGUGCAACACUACACCUUCACUGAUCUGUGAAUAUACUUUGACACAAAUGCCACAAGGAGAGGAAUUCAAAUUCCGUGUCAUGGCUUGCAAUGCUGGUGGUCCAGGUGAACCAGCUGAAGUACCUGGAGUGGUGACCAUAACAGAGAUGCUUGAUCCUCCAAGUUAUGACCUUGAAGCAAAAUACAAAGAUGUACUUGUAGUCAGAUCUGGAGGUGUAAUCAAACUUUCAGUGCCCAUCAAAGGUAAACCUACUCCUACCAGCAAAUGGACCAAGGAUGGAUCAGAGGUGUCCAACCGUGCAAUGAUUGCCUCUAAUGAAGACGUAUCCGAGCUUGUAAUCAAACAGGCUGAAAGGUCUGAUUCUGGCGUUUACUAUCUCCAUCUGGAAAAUAAGUGUGGCAAAAAGAUGCUUCCUAUCAAGGUCAAGGUUAUUGGCCGCCCAUCUGCACCUGAAGGCCCUCUUGGAUUUGAUGAUAUACAAGCACAUUCUGUAAGAGUUAGCUGGAAACCACCAACUGAAGAUGGUGCUUCUGAAAUUGUUGGCUACAUUGUGGAGAGACGUGAAGUAACAAAAGCAGCUUGGUACACUGUUGACUCACGGGUGGUUGACACAUCCCUUGUGGUUAAAGGACUAGAAGAAAAUGUUGAAUACCACUUUAAGGUGACAGCGGAGAACCAGUUUGGAAUCAGCAACUCCCUGAAAUCAGAAGGAACUGUUAUACCAAAGACUCCCAUUUGUGUCCCAGAGGCUUCAGGCACUCCACCAGAAAUCAUGGAUGUUACUAAGAGUUCUGCUGCUUUGGCUUGGACUAAACCUAAGGAUGAUGGUGGAUCUCGCAUUACUGGUUACUUUAUUGAGUACAAAGAAGUGGCGUCUGAUAAGUGGAUUCGUCAUGAGACAAAGAUUACCUCAACAAUGUAUACUCUUAGUCAGCUCACUACUGAUGCUGAGUAUCAGUUCCGUGUAAUUGCUGUGAAUGACAUUGGAGAGAGUGAACCAGGACCUGCAUCAGAUUCAGUAAUCUGCAAAGAUCCAUUUGAUAAACCAAGCCAGCCAGGAGAAAUUGACACUAUGACUGUAACCAAAGACUACAUUACAAUUAAAUGGGAGGCUCCAGCAUGUGAUGGUGGAAAACCAGUCCUUGGCUACUGGAUUGAAUACCGAAAGUCUGGAGAGAGUGCUUGGAAGAAAUGCAAUAAGGAGCGCACAAAAGACAAGCAGUACACUCAGAGUGGUCUACAAGAGGCAACUGAAUAUGAAUUCAGAGUAUUUGCUGAGAAUGAAACCGGAAUCAGCAGACCACGCAGAACAGCAACUGGCAUCAAAACUAAACUGGGUGUUGGAUCUAAACCAGCUCUUAGGAAAGAGAUGGAUGAAGUCACUGCCAAACUUGGACAAACUGCAACUCUCAAAUGUCAGAUUAUUGGACGACCUGUUCCAGAAAUGAAAUGGUACAAGGGCGGAAAGGAAAUCAAAGAAGGUCGCAAAUAUGCAGCAACCUCUGAUGGUCGCAACCAUACAUUGACCAUUUCAACAGAUCAACAGGAAGAUGAGGGUCUGUACACUUGCAAGGCAGUGAAUGAAGCAGGUGACUGUGAGACCAGUGGAACUCUGGUCCUUGAAGCAGCACCACAGUUCCCAGUGCCGCUGAAAGACAAAUUCUUUACAACAUGUGGUAGCACAGUGCGCAUUCAUGUUGUUUACAUUGGCCGACCUCAACCUAAAAUCAUGUGGCUUUAUGGAGCCAAGGCUUUGGAGCCCUCUGAGAAUGUGAUCAUUGAAAAUACAGAGCAUUACACUCAUUUGAUUCUCAAGAAUGUACAGCGCAGCGUAAAUGGAGGAAAAUACAGAAUCAGGAUCAACAACCAUUUUGGGUCUGCAGAUACUGUAACUCACGUUGAAAUCUUAGAAAAACCUGCUAUGCCAGAGGGUCCUCUUGUUCUUGAUGCUCUGUUGAAGAAUUCUGUGAUUAUUAGCUGGAAAGCACCCAAAGAUGAUGGAGGAUCUAUGAUUACUAAUUAUAUUGUGGAAAAGCGUGAAGACAAGGAAGGAGCAGAGUGGGAACUUGUAUCAUCAUCCAUCUCAGGCAUUUCAUGCAGAAUUCCUAACCUUGUUGAAAAUGAGGGAUACUACUUCCGUGUUUCAGCACAAAAUCGUUAUGGUAAUAGUGAAUCACUGGAGACUCCUUCUGCUAUCCUCAUCAAGAGUCAGCUAGAGAGGCCAGGAGCUCCAUUAAAACCAGUUGUGUCUGGAAUUACCAAAAACUCCUUUGUUGUGUCUUGGAAGCCACCUCUCAGUGAUGGAGGUUCUAAAAUUAAGAACUACUGUCUUGAAAAGCGAGAUAAGAAGGGUGAAUGGGCUGCAGUUACAACAGAUGAAAUCCACCAGACUGUUUAUUCUGUCAAGGGCCUGACAGAAGGUGUAGAGUAUGAAUUCCGGGUGAAAUGUGAAAACAUUGGUGGAGAAAGUGAAUACAGUGAAGUAUCUGACCCUGCCAUUCCAAAGACUGAUGUUGAUGUGCGUGCUCCUGCCUUCAAGGAAGACCUCAGAAACAUGAGUGUAAAAUUCAAAAGCAAUGCAACAUUUGUCUGCAAGAUAACAGGACAGCCCAAGCCUGUAAUAAAAUGGUUUAAGCGUGGAAAGGAAAUUCAAGCUGAUUGUACCAAAAUCAAGAUCCAAGAAUUCAAGGGAGGCUAUCAUCAGCUUGUUAUUGCUGAUUGCGAGGCAGAAGACUCAACUGUAUAUCAGAUCAGAGCAACAAACCAGGGUGGAUCAAUUUCUGCUACUGUUUCUUUAGAUGUUGAAGUCCCUGCUAAGAUAAAUCUACCUAAGAAUCUGCAAGAAAAGGAAGCUAUCCCUGCCCUUCGUGGUGAAGUAGUGAACAUCAAGAUUCCAUUCAGUGGAAAACCAGAUCCAGUUAUCACUUGGCAGAAAGGACAAGACCUUCUUGAUAAUGAUGGACACUAUCAAGUUAUUGUCACACGAUCCUUCACAUCUCUUGUAUUUUUGAAUGGAGUAGAAAGGAAUGAUGCUGGUUUCUAUAUUGUGUGUGCCAAAAAUAGAUUUGGAAUUGACCAGCAAACAGUUGAGCUUGAUGUUGCAGAUGUGCCUGAUCCACCACGUGGCAUCAAAGCCAGUGAUGUUUCGAGAGAUUCUGUAACACUCCACUGGGUAGCACCUGCCAGUGAUGGUGGAAGUAAAGUCACAAACUACAUCAUAGAGAAGUGUGCCACCACAGCAGAAAGGUGGAUACGUGUUGGCCAGUCUCGUGACACCCACUACACUGUUGUCAAUCUGUUUGGAAAGACAAGUUAUCAAUUCCGUAUCAUAGCUGAAAAUAAAUUUGGUCAGAGUCUACCAUCUGAGACAAGUGGACCUGUUGUGACAAAGGAAGACAAAUCAAGGGUUCUUAACUAUGAUGAAGAGGUUGAUGACACCAGACCAGUUUCCAAAAGCAAAGCUCCUCAUUCAGAGACUAAGAAUGUUCAUAACAAGUACAUGAUUGCUGAAGAGCUUGGCCGCGGACAGUUUGGUAUUGUUCACCGGUGUAUUGAGACUAGCUCUGAGAAAACUUACAUGGCUAAAUUUUUCAAAGUUAGAGGUGCGGAUCAGGCACUAGUGAAAAAAGAAAUUGCAACACUGAAUGUGGCACGCCACAAGAACUUCCUGUUGCUGCAUGAGUCAUUUGACAGCCCUGAAGAGCUAGUCAUGAUUUAUGAGUUCAUCUCUGGUGUCGACAUAUUUGAGCGCCUUGGUACAGCCAACUUUGAGCUCAGCGAGCGAGAAAUUGUUAACUAUAUCAGACAAGUGUGUGAAGCUCUUGAAUUCCUUCACAGCAAGAGUUAUGGCCACUUUGAUAUCAGGCCUGAAAAUAUAGUGUACACCACAAGAAAGGGAACUAAUGUCAAGAUCAUUGAGCUUGGACAAUCUAGACACCUUACACCUGGGGACCAAAUUAAGCUUCAGUACACAACAGCUGAGUUUGCGGCACCGGAAAUUCAUCAAAAUGAGAUGGUUAGCUCUGUGACAGAUAUGUGGUCUGUCGGUGUCCUUGUUUAUGUUCUUCUUAGUGGACUUAAUCCAUUCGCCGCUGAAACUAAUCAGCAAAUGAUUGAGAGCAUUUACAAUGCUGAGUACAGUUUUGACGAUGAUGCCUUCAAGCAUGUUAGUGUUGAGGCAUUAGACUUUGUGGACCGCCUACUAACCAAAGAGCGCAAACAUCGUAUGACUGCUACUGAGGCUUUGAAUCAUCCUUGGCUGACGAUGAACUCAGAGCAGCUAAGCACUAGGUCCAUCAAGAUUACACGCCAUACGAGAUAUUACCAAGCCAUGGUGAAGAAAGAAUGGAACACUGUUGUCUCUUCUGCUCGUGUUGCCAUUGGUGGUGCUAUCAGAAGUCAGCGAGGAGUAACAGUCUCUAAAGUGAAGAUUGCACCAUUUGAACAUGGACCAGUUGCAGGACAAAUUAAACACAGUGUUGCCGAUGAAGGCGAUGAUGUCAAGUUUAUUUGCAACAUUGACAAUUACGACAGCACUACCGAAGUAACAUGGUACUGUGGAGUAAGACAACUAGAAGAAGGUGCUAGAUACGAAAUUACUUACGAAGAUGGGCUUGCUACCAUAACUAUCAAGGGAAUCAACAGAACAGAUGAUGGAACAUACAGAUGUAAAGUUGUCAAUGAGUAUGGUGAGGACAGUGCCUAUGCUGAGCUCUUUGUCAAAGGGGUAAGAUCCUAUCGUGAGUUCUUCACUACACGUGUGGUAAAGAAAGUAAAACGCAGAGUUGACACAUCAAGACUACUCCAAAGACCUCCUGAAUUUACUUUGCCAUUGUGCAACCGCACUGCUUACAUUGGAGAGGAUGUGCGCUUUGGUGUCACCAUCACAGUGCAUCCUGAACCUCGUGUAAUGUGGUUGAAAACGGGUCAAAAGAUUAUGCCAGGAGAUGAUGACAAGAAAUACACUUUUAUUAGUGACAAGGGCCUGUAUCAGUUAGUGAUUCACAAACUUGACCCAGAUGAUGAUGCGGAAUACACUGUUGUGGCACGGAACCGAUUUGGUGAUGACAGUUGCAAGGCUCGUCUCAAAGUGGUCCCUCGUCCUGCUCCUGCUGAUAACACCUUGAGACCUAUGUUCAAACGUCUUCUUGCUAAUUUGGAAUGCAGAGAAGGCCAGAGUGUACGUUUUGAAAUGCGUGUGUCAGGACAUCCUUCAUUGAAAUGGGAGAAAGAUGGCAUGCCUUUGGCAUUUGGUCCACAAAUUGAGAUUGUGCAUGAAGGCUUAGAUUACUAUGUCUUACAUGUAAGAGAUACUCUUCCAGAGGAUUCUGGCAUAUACAGAGUCAUUGCAACUAACUCGGCAGGGUCUGCAAGUUGUCAAGCCACACUCAAGGUCGAACGUGUGACACACAUCAAGAAAGAGGUGAGUGAGGAAGGAAAGAAGAAACAACACGAUCUUGAUCAGCAAGAGAUGGACAAGAAAGUAAGACUAACUCAGAUACUAGCAGGUACAGACGUUACCCCACUUACUCCAGUCGCACAGCAAGCACUAAGAGAAGCUGCAACCAUGUACAAGCCAGCAAUCACUACCAAGAAAGUCAAGAGUGAAGCUGAUGAAGCCAAAGAGAAAGAAGAGAAAAAGAAGAGAGCAGAAGAAAAGAGAUUGAGAAUGCCAUAUGUUAUCCCUCCGCCUCGCGUUGUUGCUCCUACUACCCUUGAUGAGGACAUGGAAAUCAAACACUUUGUGCCAUUCUCUGAUAUGAAGUGGUACAAGAAACUCAGAGAUCAAUAUGAGUUCCCGGAGCCAAUGGAAAAGUUCCCCCAGAAAAGACUUAAGCGCAUCCGGCUGUCAAGGUGGGACCAGUUCUAUGAAGUACCCCUGCCAAGAAUUAAAGACCAAUACAAGCCAAAAUGGCAUAUUCCUGUUUCACAAGAUGACCUUGAGACUGUAAGACCAGCAAGACAUCGCACACCUUCUCCAGAAAUGGAGGCUUACUACAGAAUCAGGAGACGCUCUCUUGGUGAUCUUUCUGAUGAGGAACUGCUUCUGCCAGUUAAAGAAUACCUCUCAAUGAAGAGAACAGAGGAAGAAAGACUCAAACUUGAGGAUGAACUUGAGUUAGGCUAUUCUGCUUCUCCACCAAGUCUGAGCCCUGUACGCUUUGAACUUUCUGCACUGCGUCACCCAUCACCUAAGAGAGCUACAUACGACGAGGAGGAGGGGGAGGAAGUUCCAACGUAUGACUCAUAUCGUAUUCCAUCUAAAUAUGAGGCUGGUCCAAGCUAUAUUGACUUGCGUCAGCGUCACGAAAGGGCAACAUACAGACCUCCAAGGCAAAAGCAAAGGCUGUAUGAGGAAAAAGAAGACCAUGAACUGCUUAGGUCAGUAACUACCACAACAAAAUUAACUUCCUACAAGAGCCAACUGCAACACAUUGAGUUUGAGGAGAAAACAAAGGUCAAAAGAAAGGAAAAAACAAGAGUUUCUGUGUCAGCAGUCAUAACUGAUAUACCUACAACAGCAUUCUCACCUGGCUAUGCUACAGUAAGCCAUUCCAAAAAAUCCUCUGCAACUGUGGCAGAAAAAGUGAUUAAAACGGCUUCACCUGAAAAGACACGCCCACGUUCACCCAGCCUUGAUUCUACUGAGAAAAGAAUCACUACACAAGACUUGUCAACACAAAUUGAUUAUAUGUCAAGGUAUGAGUCAAGAAAGAAAGCCUUGAAAACUGAGAGGAAGUUUGAAAUUGUGACCCAGCAGCCUUUUACUCUUGACCAUGCUCCCAGGGUGACUGUAAGAAUGCGCUCUCACCGUGUGCCAAUUGGUCAAAACACCAAAUUCACACUGAAUGUCCAAUCUAAGCCAGAAGCACAGAUUAAAUGGUACCACAAUGGGCAGCAGAUUGAAGAAAGCAGAAAAUAUCGUAUGUUUAACAUGAGUGGUGUUUUGUCUCUUCAAAUCAUUGAUUGCCAGGAAGAGGACAGUGGCACCUACCGUGUCGUCUGUACAAAUGCAAAGGGAGAAGCUUCUGACUAUGCCACUCUCGAUGUUGCUGGGGGUGGAUUCUCUGCAUAUGCCUCACAACGCAAAGAUGAGGAGCCACCUACCCCCUUUGUCCCUGAGAUGACUAAAACAGAUGUGUAUCAUGUUUCAUCCAUAACAGCAGCAACUGCAUCAGAAACACAAGUGGAAAUAUCUGAAACUAAAACAGAGAGGAUAGAAGAGACAAUUAAGACAUCUGAGAUCAAACUUGAAGCUACGGAAGUGACUGCAGUUGAGGAAGUUGUGGUUGAGAAAUUGUCAGAGACCAAACUUGAAGCUACAGAAGUGACAACAGUAGUGGAAGAAGUGGUUGAGAAAAAGAAAUCGACUCCAGCUACAAUUCUGACUAAACCACAGUCACUCACAGUAUCAGAGGGAGAAUCGGUCAAAUUCACAUGUGAUGUUGAUGGUGAACCUGCACCCACUGUAACAUGGAUGCGAGAGGGACAAGUCAUUGUGUCAUCUCGUCGUCACCAUGUUACCUCAACUGAAUAUACAUCUACUUUUGAGAUAACCCAAGUAGAAAUGUCAGAUGGAGGUAAUUACACUGUAGUGGUAGAGAACUCUGAUGGUACACAGGAGGCACAGUUCAGUCUAACUAUUCGUAAACCAACACCUGUACAGAAAGUUGUUGCUUCACCUCCAAGAGUAAAGUCUCCAGAGUCUCCUCGUAUAAAGUCACCAUUUGGAAUUAGGUCUCCGCAGAGAAUUAAAUCACCUGAACCAAUCAAAUCUCCACCAAGAGUUAAGUCCCCACCCAUGGUAAAAUCACCUACUCCAAAAGAAAAAACAUCCAAGCCAACCUUCUCCGCAGAACUAAAAGACAUCUCAGCCUCUGCAGAUACUAUUAUAAAGCUGACAGUGAAACUGUCUGGUGAGCCUAAACCAACAAUCUUCUGGAUGAAGGAUGGAAAGAACCUCUCUCAAGGUGGAAAAUAUAAAAUCUUUGAAGAACAUGGUUCAGCACAUCUUGAAAUCUAUGAAGCUGAUGUCUCUGAUAGUGGAGUAUACACAUGUACAGCCAAAAACAGUGCUGGAUCUGUUACUACAAACUGUACUGUUACAGUUCAAGCACGAACAACAGCAGUUGCCGUGGAAAGAAAAGCAGAGUUUCCAGAACAAAUAGCGAAAAAGGAGACUGCCUAUGAGGAAGUGCAGUCCUUCACAGAAAUUAAAGCAUCAAAAACCCAAUUAACAAUAAAUCAAGGUCAGACUGUCACACUACGAGCAAACAUCCCUGAAGUCUCUGAUGUGAAAUGGAUCAUGAAUGGAGCUGAGCUAUCAAAUUCAGAGAACUACAGAUAUGGUGUGUCAGGCAAUGAUCACACCCUGACAAUUAAAACCAUCAGCUACCAUGACCAGGGAGUUCUCACAUGUGAGGCCAAAACUGAACAGGGUGUGGUCAAGUGCCAGUUUGAUAUGACAGUCAGUGCAAUGUGUUCAGAAGCACCAAGUUUCCUUGUGCAACCACGCUCCCAGAAUGUUAACGAGGGACAAAAUGUCACAUUCACAUGCGAAAUCACUGGUGAACCUUCUCCAGAAAUCGAGUGGCUCAAGGAUAAUGCAGUCAUGUCUAUUACAUCAAACAUGAAAUUCAGCUGCUCUAAGAAUGUGUACACACUUGAGAUUCACAACGCUACCAUUGAAGACAGUGGAAAAUACACAGUAAAAGCUAAGAAUAAAUUUGGACAGUGCUCUGCAACAUCAUCACUGAAUGUCCUCACUCUGGUUGAGGAACCUGCCAAAAUGAUAAUUAUGGAGAAAACAUCUGAUGCUACGAGCAUGCAGGGCAGUUAUGCUGCCAAGCAUGUGGUUUCAAAAAUGCAAGAGAAAUCCUUCAGCAGUUCCAGCAUGGCUGAGGUUAAAUUUGAGAGCAUGUCAGCGUCUAGCAUGACCUCUAUGACUUCUGAAAGAAUGAUGGCUUUGAGCUCCAGCAGUAUGGUGGCAAUGUCCAGUCACUCGCAUGUUGAGGGGUCAUCCAUCAAAGCCAUUUCUCAUUCCCGCAAAGGUAUACCACCAAAGAUUGAGGCUGCCCCUCAAGAUAUCAGUAUCGAGUCAGGGAAGGUCCUGACUGUAGCCUGUGCUUUCAUUGGAGACCCAAGUCCUUGCAUAGAAUGGUCACAUUCAGGGAAGACACUGUCCAGCAAGGAGGAGAGUGGACGAUUGCAGAUUGAGACUUCUCAGGAUGUCACCACUCUUGUUAUAAGUGGAGUGAAAGAGACUGAUGCUGGUGCAUACACCUUAAAACUUGUUAACGAGUUUGGAUCUGAUACCACUACUGUCAAUGUCAACAUUCGAUCCAUGUAAAAAAAAAAAAGUUAAAUUAUAAUAAUUAUUAUAUAAUAGUAAUCCAAUCCUCACCCCAUUUCCCUCAUUCAAAACCUUUUUAUUUAUAGAAUGAGAAAAAAAUACUCUGUUCUUGAUAAAGACCUGGAUUUCUGUUCUUGUAAAUAUGAACUAUUUUUAUACCAAACUUGACGUUAAUUUAUGCCAAACUAGACUAAAGUCUAAAGCUGUUAUAAAAUGUGCCAUAUUGGAUAAUUAUGACCAGAAGUUCUGCACCAUUUUGUGACAUGUACAUAAUGUAUAUAGCCGAAUUUACCGGUUAUGGAAAAUGUAUGCAUUGUUAUUUAUGACAAUAUUAACAAAUGGAACUAAAUGUUUAACAGGAGAAAGUUUCACAUGGAACGAAUACCCUGUAAAACUUGAAACGAAACAAAACUAUGUGCCUCAACAAUAAGUUGAAGUCUUAAGAUUGCCUCAACAGGUAGAGAGGCUCCCUGUUGAAGUUUACUAAAAUCAAAGAGACAAAGUUAUACACUGUACAUUUGUGCGUGCAGUAAUGCAGUACACAAGAAUUUAUGACUUGAACAUAAGGCAUUGAGUGCUGUUUGCAUUACCCUCAUGUAAGCAGGACAACUAGGCCUUGUGUUCAGACUGACGAAGUCAUACCGCCAUUUUAAUGACAAGCUCAAUGUGCGAGCGGCCUGCACAAUGAGUUAAUUAUAAUGUUUGUGCACGGUUUCUGGCAAAGGACUGUUUGAAUUCUGAUUUUAUUAAAGUAACAUCACCUGGCCAAUAGUUGUAAAAUCAGUUCAAGUGCUUCUUUGCAGAAGCUGUGCCAACUCUUGGAGGAUUGCUAGGUUAUAUUUUGUGUGUUUGUGUGUGUGUGUUAGCAUUAGAAUCUCACUUUGUCAGCAGCCAGGGUAUCCAUCAAGCUAUGUACCACAGAGAUUUCAUGUGUUGUGCGAAGAAAAGAAAAAUACAUUACUGUAAUACCCUGCACAUUGAUUUAUUAGAACUAAUUUAUGUAGUAUUACACAUAUAUUCAGCCUCCUUGAGUUUUAUGAAUUACUGAUUUAAUAAAGCAUGUUUUCAGCACCAUAAA